AUGGUUUAUCGAGCGUCUGCUCUCCAACGCUUAGCCAUCGCUCAGAUUGUGUUUGGUCCUUUAAUGAUGGUAUCUAAUGUUGCAAGCAUUUUCGCUGUACGUCACUGGUCUUCCUACAUUGGCUUUGGAAUAUGGAUCGGCAUUUGGGUAAGCAAUUAAAACUAGAAGUUUAAAAAGGCGCGCAAUUUUUGUAGUUCAAGCUAAAGUAGGAUUCAUGACAUUUUUCGUUCACUUUGGGUGGUUUGGUGUAAAACUGGGGAUAAAAUACAAAAUGGAUGUUUGUAUACAAGUCUACUAUUGGCUUUUACUAUCUGCAAGUCGUUGGUUCUAUCUUUGUUCUACAGUGAAACCUAUUGUUGCCAACCUGUAUUAAACGGACACUUGUAAUUAAACUUCACUGCCCAAUAUGUCAGAUAUCAUGGACAAGAGGACGUUGCGCUGGCCAUUUACAGUCAAGGCAGGUAAAGCGUACCCCCCAAGUUUCUAUUAAUGAAUUGAUUAUUUGAAAAAUUCGUUCCCGAAACUAGUGUCAAAUUCAAAUCGGCGUUCCUGCAUGCGUUUUAGAUCAUAUACCCAUGUAUUUUGCGGUAUAUAAAUAAUAGAGUUAUGCGUAAUGAGCAGUGAAUAUUUUACGAGAACUUCUCUGUAUUUGGUCAGAUUGAAAAUCUUUGAAUGGAUUAAAUUUCUUAGAAGACAUUUACAUUAAAUUCAAGGAAACUGAGCUGGUAGAAAUUUCGUAACUGAAUCGCGUGCGAAUUCACGGCUCAUUACGCAUGCAAGAAUGCAUAGACGAAUCUGAAAUCUACAACUACCAACGGAUUAAACCUUCGAAUAGUAAAUUCAUCAAUGGGAUCUUGGGGGUACGCUUGACCUGGCUUGACUGUAAAGCAAGGCAAUAACUUGCUCCAGAAAAUGAAGUGUAAGAGACUCGAACAAUCAUGAAUUGAUAACUUUUAUCCUUAGAGCCCUUACGAAACCAGCAGAUCUGUUCCUCUUACGAAAAACAGACCUACUGCAGACUAAUUUUCUGUCUGCAGAGUCUGUAUUCAGUCUGUGCAGACACUUGUGCCUUCAUCAUCUUCAAAGAUGUUUUCCUGCAGAUGAGAAACAGAUGAAAAACAGAUCUGCACAUGCCGGUGAUCUGUUAAGUCUGCAGAGUCUGCAAGCCGUCUUUAGCGCGCGUGUUCAUCAAUUCCAAACAACUAAGACUCUCCGGCCGGGCCCGUCCGCUGGUUUGUCAAUAAAUUCAAACAUUGGCUACAUCCAAUUUAUCAUAAGAAAACGUCGGGAAAUUAAUAUACUAUCUUUUUAUUUCAUUCACUUAUGAACAGACUUAUGUAGCUAUCAAAGUACGUUCAUGAAUGCUGCCGGUAAAUCAGUUCCACUUAGGGUGCGUUUCUUUACUAAAAUCAGAGAUAGGAUCAAAAACCCCGAUCAUUAGGAUUUUUCGCUUAGAAACUAGAAACGAUAUAUCCAAAGAAGGAUUGUUUUUCAUUCAUUUCCAUAGAAACGACCUACAAUAUCGACGAUAUCCUUGAGAAAGAAUAACACGCCCGCUGAUGUUGCAAAUUUGCUGAUCUUUCUUUGUAUUCUGGACGGUUAGCUCAAGGAUACUGCUUUACACCGGCCAAGUGAAGAUGAGUCUUGAAAUAAGAUAUCUGCUGGAAAACUAAAAUAUUGCAAGACGCGCCGGCGAAGUUGUGUUACAGUUUUGUCUCGAUUUGUCCUUGUGAACAAGAACAAUGCAGGUCCUGUUUGUAUUGCGAUUUACCAUCCCGAUAAAACUGAUAAAAUCGAUCAUUUAAUCCAUGUCUCGAGUUCAAAAAUGGCCGUAAAGAUGAACAGUGUUGUCAAACAGCUGCUGUAUGUUUUAAAGUUGUUUGGAGUUACCGCCGGCUGUAUUCACUCUUUUCGGAUCCGUAGUAAAGAAACGUUUCGGAUCAUGUAUCCAAAGUAUCCGGUUUCGGAUAUGACUCAAAGAAUCCACUUCCGUUGUGGCUCAUUUGGAUCAAUAAUCCGUUUUUCGAUUUUAGUAAAGAAACGAUAGAUCCGUUUUCGGGUUUUAGUAAAGAAACGCAUCCUUAGUAACUGUUAACAUGACUGAGUACUUAACAGUUUUACACAGCAACAUUGAACGAACGCCAUGUGCCUCAGUCAUUCUUUAUUGCAGUUAAACUUAACUCAAAAUAAAAUCUUACAGACGUGGAGUUUUACAUGUAAAUUCAAAAUAAAUCUCAAAAAUUUGUUCUUUGGAGACCUUCCGUGACUGAUACUCGAUCAACUAAUUCCCUGGACACAAUCCAGACCAGAACUUAAUCUCAUUCACCUUCUGAGCGUCAGAUUUCAAGUGUAGUUUCACGUGACUUUUGAUGACAUUUGUUGUAAAAUUGGGACAUCCGUUCUCUGCCACAUACUGUACUUGUACCAACUACGAGUCGCUAUUUCAAGUUCGGUUAAUUUAUAAAUGUUAUUUUCUUUUCGCUGUUUGAAACUCGAAAAGUUUAAGGUUCAAAACUGUCUAAAUAGAAGAAUAAGAGCGAUUUUAAGGCCGAGAGCAUGGCAGAACUGCAGGAACUAGGAGUGCGUGCAGUGGAAAUUUCCGCCUCAGCAGCUGAAAUGGUUUUUACAAUGGAACUAAACUUCGAAAGAGAUAAAAACGGGGAUGUAUGCAAACUUCAUAAUACAUACAUAAUUCACAUUUCAAAAUUCAUGAUCACACGUGAUCACACGCUAUUAAUUUCCAAUCCACUUUCGCUAAAUAGACCGUUUGGCCAUUUGUUGUUUGACAUUAUAGUUUUAAUUGCAUAUUACGGCAAAAAGGGACUCGACGCUCUUGAUGACAGUUACGUUGAUUAUUUACUAACUGCUAAGUUGAAUCAAGAGUCUGUUCACAUAUCUGUAGCAAAAAAGUGCAGUGAACAUGUACUGGGUUUGUAUUUAAUCGUGUAGAGACAAUCGGAGGGCAGGCAGUGUACUAAUCAGACAAGAUAAGCAUAAGCUUACUUAUAUUUUUACAGUCAAGCCAGGUCAAGUGCACCCCCCAAGAGUUGAAUCCGUUAUUAGUUGUAGAUUUCAGAUUCAUCUCUGCACUCUUGCAUGCGUAAUCAGCCGCGAAUUCACACGCAAGGCAGUUAUUAAAUUUCUGCCAGCUCAGUUUCCCUGAAUUUGAUGUAAAUGUCUUCGAAGUAAUUUUAUCCAUUCAAAGAUUUUCAAUCUGACCAAAGACAGAGAAGUUCUCGUAAAAUAUUCACUGCUCAUUACGCAUGCAGGAGUGCCGAUUUCAAUUUUACACUAGUUACGGGAACGACCAACGGAUUCAUUUUUCAAAUAAUCAAUUCAUUAAUGGAAUCUUAGGGGGUACGCUUGACCUGCCUUGACUGUAAAAAGGCAGUCGAGACGAAAAUGCAAGCGCACUGCAGUGUCAUGAAUUAUAAGUGUGUCUGCGUCAUUAGUUUCAUUUUAUCCAAGUUUAGAUCCACCGGGCAAAAUCAUUCUUUCAAGUAAUGGAUCAAGCAUGAGACGCAGUGUUUCAUUAUACACUUAAUGUCAGAUCCCAAGGGAAACAAUUAGUUUUGUUUUCCCGAGAGUCCUGAUGUUUCCCGACACGAAGUCGAGGGAAAAAUCAGGACACGAGGAAAAACAAAACUAACUGGUUUCCCGAGGGAUCUGACGUUAAGUGUUUUGUUAUAUUUCUAGACUUUCACUUCAACAGCAACAAAAGAAUAACCAGAGCGAACGAAAACGAACCAAAACAGUCGACUCGGUACUUACAACGACACAUUCUCAAAACCACUGAAUGAAUGAUUUACAAACAAAAGUACUUUCCUUAUAUCAUCUGCAUUUUUUCCCUCCACUAGCUGCUGUUUUUCUUCAGGGAACUUCAGGGAUAACUUUAAAAAUCGUUGCUUUUUAGCUUGAGGCUUCGUGAUUGUGUUGUUGUGUUCAUUCACGAAAAAGAAAACUGGCAGGACCUGGCGGUGUUUUCCCGCCUUCUGUCACGCCACUUUCCACCAUGCUUUGAUCACGUGCUGCAAUGUAUCCCGAGCGGGAUACAUUGUUUAAUGUAUCACGAUCGGGAUACAUUUGAUUUUAGUCAAGGCCACGUGACCAAGAAUCAACCAAUGGCAGUCCCUGUUUAGUUGAGUGAAAUUCUAGGAAUAUAACAAACCAGUUGAAACACCGAGAAGAGAGUUGAAAAUACGACGCGCAGCGGAGUAUUUUUGACGAAUUUCGAGGUGUUUCAUCCGGUGAUGAAACACUGUGUCGAAUGCUUGAUAUUACUUCUCAAACGAAAUGAUUUUUGGUGGAGAAAUUAAGGAUGCAAAAAUGAGCAGUUUUUCGUCUGGUUUCCAAACACUCAUUACUUCGGCGGAGCGCGAAGUAAAGGAUUCGCGACGCUCAGGAAUGUAUCAAAGUUGCAAUUUUUUGACAAGAUUGGGCAAGCAAAGUCUGUAGGUUUUCGGCUCUAUUCGGCUAUUUGACCAAAUGAGAGCCGAAUUAGUUCGAGAUAUCUCGAGAUCACUUCGAUUUCUUUGAUUUAUUCUUUAACUUUUUCGAGGAAGAAAGAAUUACUAUUUUGGCUUUCCCGGGGUUUGAACCGACUCACCUGUGUGACCCGUCAGAUCAGAGGGGACUCUACGUUGAGGGAUUAACCGAUUGCGCUACUGCGACGCAAGGUAGUUUGAGUUAUGAAAUUAUGCACUAGUUUCGGGACAAGAUUGGGCAUGCAAGUUUGUGACUUUUCGGCUUGUUUCAACUAUUUCACGAAAUGAGACCGGACUACUUCGUGAUAUCUUGAGAUCACUUCGAGUUUAGUCUUUAAUUACUCGAGGAAUAAAUAGAGGAUAUUUCGUGGCCGCGCAGAGACACGAAAUUUAUCUUCGAGUGUUGAAAAACAUUUCACGAGUGAGCCCUCCUUUCGAACUGUUUUAUGAGGAAUUUAAUGUUACAAAAUGCUGCAGAAAGACAUUUUGUCUUUGUUGAGUGUUACGUAGUAAAAUUGCUUUCAUGCGUUGCGUGACUUUCUCGAACGUUCUCUACGUUUUUGGAUUAGCCAUGAAUAAUUAAUUAGGGCAUGUUUACAUUUCAGCAUGAGUCAGCAGAUUUGCAUCAGUUACUGAAAUGAUAAAAUAUGUCGAAAAGCUACUACUAUUCGCCUGUUUAGUAUUUUCUAGAACCUUAUGUCAAACGGUAUACGAGUUCCUAGCGAGUUCUUUUGACGAACUAACUUUUUUCCCACGAGCUGGACUGCUGUGUUUAGUCAAGUGCGACGAAGGGCGAUUUUCAGGUUCUGUGUUUGCAAGUUCGCGGAAGCCGUAAGAUAAUAUAUCUGAAGUUCAAGUCAAAUUUGUGUUGGCGGAUGCUGUGUUUUAAAGCUCUGUAAAGGCUAUGUUCCUUUGGUGUUAAACUUCCUUGUGUUAAUCCGACAUCCCUGCGUGCUGAUAGUCAGUGAGUAAUUAUCCUCAAAACAUUAGGGGUGACGAAUGGCCUUUCAAAAAUGUUGAGUCUCGGCAAAUUUAAGCCGAGUCUCGUAAUCUCGGCGCUUAAGAAAAGCGUCUCGGAAUCUCGGAUUUCCCAGAAAUAUGACGGUCUCGGAGUCUCGGAUUUUGAAAAUUUGGAUCUCGGAGUCUCGGAUUUUGAAAAUUUGGAUCUCGAAAUCUCGCCAAUGGGACGUUCAAUUUUUUAUCCGCAAGCUUAUCCGAAACGAGAAAUUAAGAAAUUUACCCCUGCCGGGGUUUGUUUGGGGUCCAUGCAGAUAUACGCGUGUGAAAGCCGCAAGAUGCUGAAUAAGUUUAAAUAGCUAAGAAUCAUACGGGAGCCAGCGAGAAAGUUACGGAAUUCUAACACUAGCUAACACUCAUUGACCUACUUUAGGGACGGACCAUUAGAAAAGUUAUGGGGGGGGAGGGGAAUUUUCGAGCUGCAGGAAUUUUUUUUUGUUAUCAAAUUCCUUGUAUGAAUUUUUUUCAGGCCCUUGCAUGAAUAUUUCUUAGGGUUUAUUGGCGUGCAAGAAUUUUUUUUCAUUUAAUUUUCCCUUGCGUGAAUUUUUUUUUUGUACUUCGCCCGCCCCCCCAUAAGUUUUCUAAUGGUCCGUCCCUUAGCUUUCUUUAGGGUGUCACAUGUAGCUACAUGUCAACACACCGCAAGGAGUUUUUCACUCAGUAGGUGUUCAGCGAAAACGUAAAAUAUAUUUUUUUAGUCCUUUCCUCAACAAAAGCUAACAGAUAGAACAGUCUAUCCGUCUGUCCAUUGUCCUUCUAUCCCAAUCUUUUCACAUUGUAAGACUGGUAUAAGGUUGUGAAGUUAUUCACCGAAAGCCUGCUUGCAUGGUAAAAUAACGCUCCAGGAACUGAGCUACUGUGGCUUGUUGCCAGAUAUAGUCCGAAGUACAACACUACAACAUGAACUAAAGCUAACUAAGAGUCUACUAAGCUUAACUAACAUAGCUUAACAUGGCUGACACAAAUAGCAAGCUCUGCGAUACACGAAUCGAACAAAACGCAUCGUUCGACGACGUUGUUAAAAGCUACAAAUAGAAGCUAAUAGUCCGAUCGACGAGCUGCGACGGUAAUAGUAGCUAAUAGUAGCAAAUAGUAAUGCACUUUAAGCUCUAAGCAAGACGAUCUUAUAACUUACCGUAUUUGCGUUUAAUUCCUUUCGUUGCUUCAAAACCCUCUUCUAUUUCCUCUUCACUCUCUGCCAUUUGCAGUAGUAGCUAGUCGACAGCCGAUCGUUCGCAGAUUUACGCGUGCCAGAAGCCGACAGAUCAAGAGAUCAGAAGCUAUCAGAAGGCGUGUGAAUUUUAAACCAGGCAGAAUGUCGAAUCAUUAGUUUAACUAGUUUAUAAAGUAACUAACCAGGUUAAUAAGUAGACUAUAAGCAGUAAUGCGUUACUUAAUACGUUUAAUUUUAUGUCUCUGACUGGUAGACUAGAUAAGUUAAUGGUUUUAAUACAAAACCAAUGUUUUGGGAUGAGUGGAAAAAUAUUUGUUGUGAUGCCCACAAAAGCUCAGAGCGCUGUAUCUCGUAUUUUCGGAUCAAGUGCAUCUCGGGCUCGGAUUUUUGGAUCACUGCGUCUCGGGCUCGGAUUUUUUUAGCGCUAAGUCUGGGGCUCGGAUUUUACAAACAAAUUCAAGGCUCUUUUUAAACUAGGGUCUCGGCGUCUCGGCAAGGCUCGGAUUUUACCAUUCGUCACCCCUAACAUUCGAACUCGUGACUUUAAGUUUUAGCCAAUUCCAUGCUCAACGUCAUUGACUCCUUACCCAUGCCUUACAUAUCUUUAAUCAGUACAUGAGACUGCUAUGCUGUUUUUGAAGCCUGAUGUGACUAAGAAAAAUAGAGAAUUGUUUUUUAGAAGGACUUGUAUGGAGUCAUCAGAGCAUAAGUGGGCUAAUAUCGUGGAGACAAUUUGUCCUGAAAUGAUAGUUUUUGGCAAGUAGGCCUCUUGGAUGUUGCUCUUUCCAGAAUAUCCUGACAAAUCCCAUAAUUUCACACCUUACUCUUACCAUAUCUGAUUUCUUACUAUUCCUCCGCAUUUACAAUUAAUUAGUUCCACAACCACGACGCCGAAGUGUACGCUAGCUCCGUAGCGUCUUGUUAAACAUUAAUGAAUGAUUUUCCAGUAAUCGGAGACUUAGUUAUGCGCACAGGAUUAUGGGAUCGCCAGGGGGCAAACAUUGGAAAUCGCUACAAAGAAAUGUAUGGCGUGGAGCUGUUUCUCCGUUUAAGACCAGUGUCUUUGGACAGAGAAUGCCGCAUUUUGCCGUGAUUUUAUGAGAAGCGGAGGUGACUAAUGUUGGUGCGUUGAUUGUAAGUUUUUGUGGGAUCAAUGCGAUGAAAUCUAUCGAUCAUCGAUAGAUUUCAUCGCAUUGAUAAACACUCCUUCUUGCAAAAGGUCGACUGUGAAAUUUACUGAAUGGUCUCGAAAUAUAUAGUACCUAACUUACCAGGUAUAAAUGAGUGGGGAAUGUGGACUCGUUUAUUAAACCUUUCCAGUUGUAAGUACAUGUGCUGAUAUUUACAACGAGUGUAAAAAUUUUACGUUCGGCUCGGCGGCGAUCACAACGCUGAGCCAGUUUGUGACAACGAUCGAAGGUAAGCUUAUGUAUUGUCGAAUUUGAUAUGUAUUAACUUUAAAAGCAAAACAUCUUCCCCACAUUAAUAUAUUGAUUCCUUCUAGCCAAAAAAACACAAGCGAAAUGUUUUGUCAUGAUCCAGAGCACCAAUUAGUUCUAAUGCCUUUUCUGAUCAUUUUGAGGGAAGAUAUAGAAUCUCUGAAUUUCGCACAUCAACUUGGUAUUUAUUUACACGGCUCACUGCUUUUGUAUCGGAAAUCUUACUAGUUCGUACGAUUUCUGCGUCAUCUACUAAUGGUUAAAUACCAUGUACUUUCCAUGAAAUAUUUCGUAGAUGUUACUUUGUUUAUACCAAAGUAAAGGAGGAUUUUUUAUUUUUAUGGCCACGUCCUACGAUUGUUGAGCGUCAUAACCCGCACAGAGCUGAUCGCGGCCGAGCAUAGUUACACUCGUUGUAAAUAUCACCACACGUUAUUAAAACUAAAAAGCUUAAAUGAGCCAAUCCCCCUACAUGUAUACCUAAGUUUGCACUAUAUAUUUCGAGACCUUUUCUUCAUGUAGAUCACUGUGUAAAUUCAGUAAACGUAAAUUUCACACUCAACCUCACGCAAGGAGUGUUUAUCGAUAGAAUUUAUCGCAUUAAUCACACAGAAACUUGAAGUUUCAACGCACCAACAUUAGUCACCUCCGUUUCUCAUAAAAUCAUGGCAAAGUGCGGCAUUCUAUGUCCAGAGACACUGCUUUUAACGGAGAAACAACUCCACGCCAUACAAUUCUUUAUAGCGACUCGCAAUGUUUGCCCCCUGGCGAUCCCAAAAUCCUGUGCGCAAAACAUGAGUAUCCGGUUACUGGAAAAUCAUUCAUUUCCUUUGUAUUUUCUUUAUGAAUUAUUAAUGAGUUUGAGAACUGCAGAUCAAGAGGAGAUUUCCACGCGCUUGUUAAAAUUCUAUGUUUUGGGAAAUAUGUUUUCUGUUUUACCACACUCGAGGCGGUUAAAGUCACUCCUGAUGUUCUGCUUUGACAUUUUCAACCUUAAACUAUUCGAUUUUAACCAGUGAAAGGGAAAAUAUAUAAGUUAUCGCGAACUUGAAAUAUCGACUCGUAGUUCGUACAAUACAAAGGUCAUCAAAAGUCACGUGAAACUACACGUGAAAUCGGACGCUCAGAAGGUGAAUAUGGUCCGCACUUUACUAAAAGAUGGCUUAUGUUAUUCGACGAAACGAAACGAAACGAAACAAGUACUGUAAUUCUUUAAUUCUGUAAUUCUGUAAUUUAAUUCUCGAAAUGGGAAUCUGUAACUUGUGAAAUGAGUCAUUAGCAGUUGGGUCAAUCUAUUUACAAUUUAUUUGCGUUCGAGGUACGAGAACGCAACCCCUAAGUUGUGUUGGGUGUUCUGUGCAUUAUUGGGCGUCCUGUGCAAUUAAUAAGGUAGGUUUUUCCAAAAUUGUAUUCGUCGUCGUCGACACACAUUUACCUCGCUUUGAGGCGCUUGCCUACGUUUUGCCUCACUUUGACGCGCUAAUUCACGUGGUGAUUCGCGUGUCCUCUGCCUUCAUCUUUCAAACGUUUGCUGAGGUCUGCUAUUCUGUCUUCGUAAAUCGUUCAUCUUUUAAAAGUGUGCUGAAUCUUCGUAAAGCGUACAUAUUUAAGAGUUUGCUGAAGGUCUACUAUCGAUCUGUGUUUAAUGAAUCUUCCAAAGCGUUCAUCUUUCAAAAGUGUGAUGAAAGUUUACACCCUGAGUAAAAUUUUACUUUGGAUAAAGCCUUCAUAUUUUUCCGUUGUACCACAAAGUACAUUUACCGGUGAGUUGUGAAGCUAAGCUUCUGUUGUGCCACAAAGUAAAUCUAGUGAGUUGUGUAGCUAGGCGGCCGUAGUGCCACAGAGUAAAUCUACCGAGUUGUGUAGCUCGGAGGCCGUUAUUCCACAAAGUAAAUCUACCGAGAUGUGAAGCUCGGCGGCGGCCGUUAUUCCACAAAGUAAAUCUACCGAGAUGUGAAGCUCCGCGGCACCGCCAGUUCAUCCUGAUCAUGACUAGUGAUAUUUUCGGCACUGGACAAACGAACAUUUUAGCUGUAUGUGAUUUAUUCGGAAAAAACGUGACCAGCCCACAGUAGCGCCACUGAAAUCAAUACACUCGACCAAAUUACUGGAAAAUUUAUUGACGUGAGCAGCACACACAUUCCGCUGAAGGCUUUGAUGAUUCGAAGAAACGUGUGAAAUUGAGAGGUGUAGUGUAAGUGAACCGGUGUUCAAGCACAAUGUCUCCUCAAAUAGCAAGCACUUGAGACGAACCAUACGAUAUCACGCUGAUCACAAGCCUUUAAAACCUUUUCAUUAUGAUACACAGUUUAAAUCGAGGUUUCGCUGUACGCAACCCUUACGUUCAAAAUAUGCCAUAAUCAUAGUUAUCUAUCGCAAGAACCAUCCACCCUUUCCCCUCAACUGCUACCUGUACACCUUGCAAACAAAUCGAACGCACUCUCCUAAGCUACGAUUACUCCUAGUUAUAAUAAUAAUAAAAAAAUUCAAUGUACAUGACAUAUUCAUGUAAACAACAUGAACACUCACAUCUGAAAUUAAACUUUUUACCCAUCUCAUCUCAUCGUGGAAGUUUUAAACUGUUUUAAAUUACAGUGAGCCCUACUGGCUUAAAUCCUGGAUACCGCCGGUGGCAUACUAAUUAUAUUUUGAUGAACUGCUGGCCAGUUUUGUCUGGAAGAAUGCGUGAUGCUUUCUAUCUCCUGUCACGUGUAUCUCUUUUGGCGGGAAACUUGUGCGUAUUGCAGCCAAGGAAGCAUCACGACCGCGAGAAACAACCAUUCUUAAAGGAAGCGCGGAUCCUGAAAUCGAUGCGUAACAAACACAUGGUUGUGAUGAAAGCUGUGUGCGAAAAUCCUCUUGCCAUGAUGCUAGAGUACGUGUUUUUCGAUUUUGCACCAUUCGGACUGGAAGGUCGUGUAAGUUUUUGGCGAUUUGUUUUUGAUGAUGGUUUUUCAUCGUCGAUCGAAACGAGUUAAAAUGUUUUCUGAAACGUUCGUUGCAAUUUACCUAUAUAAGCGUGAUAGUAAUACAUCGAAACGUACAUGUUUCCUUAUACAUAAUUACUUGAAAGAGAAAACUCGCAAGAAAAAAAAAGUGUUGUAAUUAGUUAAUAUUGGUUGUCCCCGUCUUAAAUGUAACUCAUUUAUGCCUUUUGACGGAUGCUUAAAUUAAUAAAACACACCACUGUACUUGUUUAAAGUCUGUUUUUGUUGCGCUUGGUCGUCGACGUCUUGCCGACGUAGCUCAAGAAAGCCUACUUUUUGAGAUCAUUGUUUAGUCAAUUACCAACUAAGCCCCCUUUAAUAUUUUGCGAAACAAAAGAAGAAGAAGAAUUGUUUAGGAGCUGAGUAUUUUCCCCGUUUUAUGAAGCGAUGUCUACUUUAUCUGACAGGGCAUAUUUUAUGAAAAGAAUUUGGGAUCUUCGUCAAAUUACUGAGUCUUAGGCGUUGGUUUUUACCGUCGCGUUGGAACCGCAUUCAUACGCGAUCGAGCAAUUGCGUUUCCUCUCUUAUAGUUGCAAAGAUAGUUUCGUUUCAUUUCGUCGAAUAGAAAUCUUCCUCUUCGGGACCCCUUUUCUGAUUGAAUGAAAUAUUCAAACGUUCUCUCGCCAGCUAAGCAAGCUAUCUGCGUUCAGUUUGUAUUCAAAAGGUUAAAAAAGGUUUUUAGCUGUUUUUAGAGCGAAGGUGGAAAAAUUAUUCGUAAAAAAUCAACUGUGCCUCAAGCGACUUUCAAUUAAUGGGAACAGACGAAGCUUAUGCUUAGCUAACAUUACGUUGCAAGAGUCUUGCUCGAAGAUUAUUUGCCCAAGUUAUGUUUGUUCGUUUAGUCCAUCACCUAGUACAUAGCGACAACUGAAGCACAAAUGGAUUGCUCCUUUCAUAAAGAAAUGUAACUCACCUUGGAUCAUGGAGGAAACGACGAGGUGAGCGAUUUGAAGUAAGGGACGGACCAUUAGGAAUAACCGGAGGUGGGACAAUUCCCAAAAAAAAAUUCCUGCAAGGGGAACUUGUCUAAAAAAAAAUCCUGCGAGCGGUGAUACGUAAAAAAAAAAUUCUUGCAGAGGAAGCGACAUGCAUAGCAUUUUAUUAAGGCUAUUAAAAGUAUGGAAUAAGGGGUAUAGGGGGGAAAAGGUAACAUAAAACAAUGCCUAAAGAUAAAGAGAAUUGAAAGUCUUAAUUUGUGCUUCAGAACUUUUAUUUGAAAACCACUGUUUGAUAUUUCUUCAUACAAUAAAACAUAAAUAGUAAUGGCUUGCUUUCUACACAGUCAUCAUUACCACUGAUAUUGCUAUCACAAAUAAUAAAACUAUAAAAUCUCUCUCUUCAGAUAUAAAAUGUACUUCAAAAUAUUUUUGAAAGAACAUUAAGUAAUAUAAGAAAUAUAACAGUUUUCUCAGCUAUAUAACUAGUUCGGUCAAUUUCUGGUUAGGCUAGUUGUUUUUCUCAGUGAUGACGAGCUGAUUUUCUUUUUGCUGUUUGAAACAAUGAUUUCUCAAGCUGUGAAUAAGUUUUGAGCCAUCUGGAACCUUUCAACGUUUCAAAUUUUCCUUUUUUUCGGCAACUCAGCCGCAGUUUUCUCAUGUUAGGUCGAGGGUCUGAAUUGGGGGGUCUUCUUGUCGGUUGUUGGUUAAAAUUCAGUUAUUCUGUCGGUAGUCGGUUAAAAAUUUCGAUCUUUGUCGGUUGUCGGUAAAUCUCAGUUAAUCAGUAAAAAUGCAUGCUAAUUAUUGAUAUUUGCUAUGCAUUUUACUCACUUUCAAGACUUUGCAGUGACUUUGAUCCCUAAAAAACGUGUAAAAAAUGUAAAAAUGCAUCAUUUGAUUGACUUUAAACUUCAUAUUAUAUAGCACCGAUAAAAUCAUCAAAGCUUUUAUUGCUAAUGCGAACUUGGUUGCGAACUUGGUUUCAAGGUACCGGGGUAAUACAUGUAGUCUCUUUUAUUUCUGCAGAAUGAAGUGGAGGGGGUGGGGGGAGGGGGUGCAACUGAGGCGCCAAGUGCGAAUUAAUUUUGAUUACUGAACAGACACACGGCAAAAAGGAACCAAGUGGUAAACUAUAAUAGGUGAUUCUCUUAGACAUUAUAUUAUGAUAUAAAUCUUACGAAAAUCGUAGAUUAGUUACAAAGGAAGAAAUGUGUGGGAAAAAAAAAAUUCGUGCCAAGCUUGUGCCUCAGAAAAAAAAAUCCUGCAGACAAGUAGGCUUAAAAAAAAAUUCAUGCACCGAAAAUUUUUCAUCCCCCCCGGUUAUUUCUAAUGGUCCCUCCCUAAAGCGGCGCGUGUUACAACAAACCAAACCGUCGAGUUGGAACCGCAUUCAUACGCGAUCGAACAAUUGCGUUUCCUCUCUUAUAGCUGCUGACAAAAAUCGUUCUUUGUUAUUGAGCUAGGUUAUUUCAAUGUCAAAAUUUUGAUGUGUUAUUUAUUUAAGAAAUUCAAGUGAGUGACUGUGACCGUGUGUUUACAGGCCAGACUGUUUUGAUUUAAUUUUGUUUGUUAUACCCGCGGACAAAAAUAGCGCUUUGCGCUAUUACUUAAAACAGGUUUUGUCACCUUAGACCCCCCGCGUGACUCAGACAAACUUUGCAUUCAACUCAAAGGCUUUGUAUGAGCAACAUGCGUUUCCGACAUGAAAAUUGUUCAUAAAAUUCGCAAUGAGCGUUUUUAAAAUGUUUUUUGAGCUUUAUUCUAAUAUAUAAAAGGCAUUACUGCGAUAGGGGGCAAAACCUGGUCCAAGUAACUCAAAUAAAUGGUUAAAAUUAGAAAAUAAAGCGACCUGAUCAAAGUAAGCUACUGAAAUCGGAUCCCUAGCUCUGUCUUAGGCACAUAGCACUCUAUGCACCGAAACAUGAUGUAACUUUUCUGGCUGUGUAAUACUCCAAAACCGAAAUUGCUAAAGAGAAAAUCGGGUUUGUAUGUGCUUCUCGCAAGCCCGUGGCAGAAUUUCUAAACUGAAAAGCACACCAACAUCAGCACAAACCGGUACGUAUAAUGUGCGGCCAGGUAGGUACCAUACAGUACUUUAUAUCGUGUAGUAAUAAGUAGCGUAAUGUAAGCACUCGAAAAAAAAAAUUGAGCAACCUUUGCCUAUUUAUUUAACCAAAUGCACCGUUUUAUGAACAGCUUUGAAGCUCUGCUCUCCAUACAUUUCUUAGUAAAAUGCUGUAACAUAAUUUUACCCACAGUAAUGCGCAUAAGAAAUAUAAUCACUCAUCGGUACAGUUUUUUCCAUGUUUAACAUUAUCUUGGCACACGUUGAUUAUUUUCAGAAUAUAUGUUAACGAGACCAAGCUAGAUUUUGUUUCUUUUGACGAUAAAAAUCUUCAAAGACGACGAAAAUUUGUCGAGGAAUGUGACUUAUACUGGUCAGGUUCAAUGUCUGAGUCACAGCGGGGACCAGAAAUUUGUGACGUCAUUAGUGCAAAGCGCUAUUGUUAGAGGGUCUCAAUGGGGUGGUGGCUUUUACGGUUGUCGGCUAAAAUUUUGGCUCUUUUACGGCUAUCGGUUAAUUUUUUUCAGUUGCGGUUAACAAAAAAGUUAAAAAUUAAUUUCUUUCGUUUCAACUAGUUAAAUAUUAAUUAAACUGUAUUUUUUAUACCUUUAAAGCGAAAUAAAGGUGUUCGGAUCAUCUCGGGAUGAAAUAAGGAAUUCUUUUGAAAAAUUUUAACAUUUGAUAGAUCAUACUUUUUAUAAAGUAUUCCACUUCUAAUAUCAUUUUACACAAAGAAAUGUCAAUAGUCAAAUUAAAAAUAGUCUUUGUGAAAAAGCGAAAGCAGACACGCGAACGCCCAACUCAAGGCCGAGGCGCGACAUUCAUUUAGAGAAAUAGCCGUUUCACCCCAGAGACGGAUUAUUCGUGUGAGACGGGUUAUCCGUUUGAUGAUUCGCGUCAGAAAGGUAAUACGCCUUAAUUUGAAAAUGGAAUAGUUUUAAUUUUGAAUGAACAAUCCGCCUGACUAUCCAUCAAUUUUGACGGACGGUUUGAAGAUAUAGAGAAUACUUCAUGGAAAGCGCUGGCGUACGGUAUUUACACACGAGUUGUUUUUGUAUCAGAAAUCGAACGAGUGAGCGCAGCGAACGAGUGAGAUUUCUGAUACAAAAACAACGAGUGCGUGAAUACCGUACGAAGCACUUUACAUGUGGUAUUGUGUUUAUUAUAUACAUACUGAGACAUUCAUCCUUUUGGCAGCCUUUUUGUUUUAAAUCUUUCCAAAAUGCUUAAAUUUGCCGCUACACACCACGAAGGAACAAUGAAAACGAAGUAUCAGCUUUUUAGUAGAAAGGUUUCUUAAAAACAAAAAUGACGGUGAGGAUAUGAGGUAAUCCAAGAACUACAAGUAAUCUUAACUGUUUGUUCUGAAUGUACAAUUGAAAAUGAGUGAAUUUAAGUAAAAUGGCCGGUUUCAAUAUAAGCUUAAGCUUAUAAAUGGAAGACAAAGUAGCUCCGACAAAAAGCACAACAUAAGCUUACGUCUUGUUCUGUUUUUCCCCUUCCGCAGUUGUUUCGCCGGCUCUCCACAGUUUUCUUUAUCGACAGUGAAACAAACGAAACUAUUCCACUCCAUUUCUGAAAUGUUUUUCACUUUUUUAACGAGAAAAAACUCUUUGAGAAAAAGUUUUCUCCUCGAAUGUGUGCGAAGCGCCGCUCAGCAAGCUGCAAGAAAAGGCGGCAAUUUUGGCGCGAAACUCACACACCUCCGUGGCUUCUGAUUGGACGUAUCAUUUUUCUCACAUGUGAAAAAACAUCGUUCGCGAUUCUGAUUGGACGUAUCAUUUUUUUCACGUGUGAAAACCAUAGUUCACUCCUCUGAUUGGCUAGAACUUAUUUGCACAUCAAAAUUUUCAACACAACUUUUUGGUGAGUAUUUCUCAGUACGUACAUAAUAAGGAUCAUUUAUUUCAGCGAACCUGUGUACAACCGCCCCCUCCCCUCAGAAAAAAUCGGAGAAGGGGUGUCUGUGGGGGAGGGGGCGACUGUACACAAGCCAGUCUCAGACGGAUAGUCCAUUUCUAGCUCUAGUGUGAAAACAGCCAAUAACAAAAAUUCCUGUGUCCAAUGUUCAGUUUUAAUGAUUGCGAAGGACUGUACAGAACGACUGUCUGCUGUUGACUUGUCCGUAGGCCUUAUCAUUCCGCGCGCCUAAUGCGCCUCGGGUCACGUGGUCCGAGCGAGUUCGCCACCGAAAUGCCUUGACCGAGUUUGCGUGGGAAGACGCCGUACAGGGACUAGGCAUGGCAACGUCUACCGUAGCGUCGGAGAAAAACAGGAGAUUGUUGUUUAUCAGAAACGCGUUUUACAAACAGUGACAUCUCUGCGUGUUGUUUCACUAGUGUUUCGAGGCCGCGACCUCCUGAAAAUCGCAAAUAUUAAUCCCCAGUGGGAAGCCACACUCUCGCUAUGGAACAACUUACAUGUAGUUCCCUGAGAGAGCGGCGGAAAUAAUGAAGUCUAGGUUUAGGUCACAACAUAAAAGCGCUUGGCGUAACCUGCGUACGGAGUCACAGUACCCGGGAAAUAAAAAAUGCAUUCCAUAAGUGAGUUUAGCACCUUCCUUAAAAUUAUCAAAUCUAGGGAACAAUUUCCUCAGUUUACCUCUUUUUUACCUUAUUUACGGCUAACGGUUGAAAUUUUUCAAUUUUUACGGCUAUCGACUAAAUCUUUGGCCGUUUUACGCCUAUCGGUUAACCCCAUUGAGACCCUCUUAAUUGUUAAUCGGUCAGUGUAAAUGAAGACUGCGGACUGUGGACCUGGGGUAAAAUGCAGAAUUCAGACCGAAAGUGAAACGCGGGCUGGGUGCAAAAUGCAGACCGAGCAUAAACUGUAGUCGCGGAAGGGCUUAGGGCCAAAAAAAUACCGCAAAUACAUGUUAACGAUCGCCUACUUGACAUCUGCUUUCACAAAUCCAUUCCUUUCUUCUCUGGAACGUCGUCAACGACCCGAAAACAUAAUCGCAAUCUUGAACCUUUAUUCCGCCGGCCCAAGAGACCUCACGCUUUAAAUUUUGAUACACGUGACCGUGAAAUGGUACAACACUACAAUGUUUACGCUUAAAUAAAAGCUGCUGACCAAAAUACUGUAGAAGGACUAUUAAUUAUGGCGAUAAAAAAAGGGAGUAAAUGUUGGAGUAGAUCAUUCCAACAACAAAGAAAGAUGUUCUGCGGGAACUUUGGAUGACCGUCUAUGAACGUAUUGCAAAUCAAGGUACGCAGACUUUAGCUGUUCGGAUGUUCAUUAUCAAGAUUCAUUGAAACGUCUAGCGAAUGUGCAUCUCACUGAACAACAAAAGUGACUAUACACUUUAUACAAUAAAUCAACAGAAUGCGAGGUUCACUUUAAAAACACCUGCAACUCGUCGUCCUCCAUGUUGGUACUUUCCACGCCAAAUGCUCAAAAUGGCGAGUUGGUAGAAUAAAUGGCGGUUUACACUUAACAUGCCUCUCACAGCAAUGCAUCCCUCGUCAAUCGACCGUCAAUCUCGUUUCGCCUUUCCACUGGACAAGGGUAACGGGGGUAACGCAGACUCUGGGUCCGACUUCCACAUUGUUUUCUGCUUGUCAUUUCUCUCAUUUUCCCCCUAGUGUGGUCUUAAGAUUUCUUUCUGCAUUUUACCCCCAGCCUGCGUUUUACUCUCAGUGUGCAGUCUGCAUUUUACACUCAGUCUGCAUUUUACCCCUGGUCUGCAGUCCGCAGUCUGCGUUUUGAACUGACCGAAUUGUUAAUUGGUGGGAUUCUCAAUGUUCUCUCGUUUUAAUUUUGCUGUUUGCAUUGUUUAUUACUAAAGUCAUGAUAGGCUUUCAGUUGUAGUUAACGGUUAUCCUAGGCUUUUUCAGCGCAAAUUGAGAGAUUAUUUCGUGUGCUUACGGUAAAAAAAGGUGUUUGAUUGGUGCGGGUACGUCCGAUAUUUUGUUUCCUACUUAUACCUCCUUCGUCUGCAGAACGUCUGCACAAAUUGCAUAUCAGUUCUGCAGACAUUCUGCAGAUAAUCUGUAGAUAAUCUGUAGACUAUCUGCAGAUCUGCUUCACCAGAUCUGCAGCAGACAAAAAACAGAUCCGCUCGUUUCCUACAGGAAAUAAUGCUUAAUGUUUAUUGCAUCAGUACAAUAAACAGCUUAGAAAGGGACAUAGUUUUUAUUCAAUUUUAUGAUUGUUUGUACAAUAUACAGCUUGUUUUGCUCAUUUGAUCAGUUUCACAGUACGGAGUAUUGUUUUCUGUCUUUUCUCAUUUCGUUUUGUUUGUAUAGAGCUUGUUCCACUCGUCUCAUUUCCUCAAAUUUGAGGUGCAAUCCUAUGUUUAUAUCACAAUGGUACUAUGAUCAAUUGGUCCACUUCAAGAAAGAAAUUAAAAAAUACUCACGUAUAUUGUCAUGGUCUCUGCAUGGGAGUGUUCCAAACGUUUCCACCGUUCAUUUAAACGGUAUUUGACACCUCAUAUGACGUUAUAUAUCGAAACCUGCAUUAGGCGAACACUGUAUUAAGCGGACGCUAGAGCAUUCCCAGCUAUUACACGAAGAAGUAUGACCACAUUACGCCUAUUUUAAAACAACUCCACUUGCUUCCAGUCAGUCAUCGUAUUAUUUUAAAAUUAUGACUAAUAAUCAAUAAAGCACUCAACGGGUUAGCACCUGCCUACAUUCAAGAUUUGCUAAAGCCAUACGUACCGACCAGGACCUUGCGAUCCUCAACACGGAACCUACUUGAAGUACCAUCUGUUAAUUUAGUUACCUAUGGCCAAAGGUCUUUCUCUUUUGCAGCACCUCAUUGGUGGAACUCACUUCCAGAGUAUAUUCGCAAAAGUUCCUCAUUAUCAGAGUUCAAAGCCAAUAUUAAGUCCUAUCUUUUUAAACUUACUUACGGGAACUAGUUUUCUUUUUUUAACAAUGUAAUAUAAUUAUCAAAUAUCUAAUCAUACAUCUCGUUUUAAGUUUUAGAGAUUUUAGUUUUUAGUACAGUUUAGAAUUUUUAGGUAGGAUUUUUAUUCUAACUUUUAAGUAAUUCAUUAAGUAUUCUUUUUAUCAUCAUUCAAUGUAAGUUUUUUAAAAGAAUAUUUAUUUCGAUCUUACGAAUUCUAUUAAGCGCUUUUGAGCGCUAUAUAAAUAAAAUUUAUUAUUAUCAUUAUUAUUAUUAAAACUCAAACCGUCACAGGGCGCAGAGGAGUUAUUUAUGACAGCAAGCGAAGUGAAAAUUUCUACUAAGGUUGGAACGUUCCAUACCCCCAUACAGCUGAUCGCACGAUCGCCUCUGUUUACUGUACUGACUGUAGAAUCGACUACAAACUUGACCUAUCAAACUGUCAUGCGAUCGUGUUACAAACCUGGUAAAAUAUUAAUAUCUAAUCUUUGGUGGGAAACUAAAGUCGCCCGAAGGGCAAUGCAUUCGGAAACCGAAGCUUUCUGAGCAAGAGACGAGAGAAGAAACUAAAUACCACUUGACUCAUUCGAUGUAGACCAUUCUAAAAGCUUACGGGUCAUGGAAAUGGAAGUCAAAACGUGCCAAGCGGAAGUGCUAUGCCAUUACUAAUUUGAAAAUUCAAACAACAGCUGACUUCUAUUCUCUCGAGUAUGGAACACAAUGUUCUUGGCAAAUAGCAGUUUCUAUUUCUAGAAAAAAAAAAAAAGACUUAGUUAGGUCCGGUCCAGACAUUUUGAAGAAAACGAAAGAAAGUGUAGUCUUAACCUAGCCGCAAUAAAAAGUUUAACGCUUUAAAGGCGCACAAAGAAAAUCAUUGCUAUACUGCAGCAUUUAGAGACCUGUCAGCAACACCGACAGAACAGGAUCCUACACCACAGGAAUAAUCAAUAUACGUAAUUAGAGCAGUUUCGUGACCUCUCAAAGCGAGAAUAGCUGCUUAAUAAAGUUUAGAACCAUGCACUGUAUAAUAAAUCUACCCGCUAGAGAGAAAAGAAAAAAAUAUCUGUUGCUCGAGCAAACUCUAAGGUCACGUUUCAUACUAUCAUGUCACGAGCUUAUGAGUCGUGUUUGGCCUGUCAACACUUUAUUUCCUACUAUUGUUUCUGGGUUGUUAUGUAACUGAUGAUGUAUUUCCUUGUGCCGUACCGGUCACUCCGGUCCACAUCGUACGAAAGCACGCAUCCAACGCUAAAAAAUCGGCCCCUCGGAAAUUAGUUUUAGCGAGGUCAGUGUUCAAAUUUCCGAUGGAAAGGGAAAAAGAAUGUUGUUUUGGUGUCUGCUGAGAAAAAUAGCACCGAUUUAUACAGAGACUGACGAAUUAUGGCAGGCUGAAGAUUGGCCCAAAGUAGUUUCAUCCCUUGUCUCUUCAUUAUAUGUUAGUCACUGUUAUUUUUCCUCGGUCAUUACCUUAAGCGGUUUUUCAGAGGAUUGGAUAAUGUUUUAUCAGGUUUAUAAUGAUCGAAUGAUCGAAUGACGGUUUGGUCGAUUCUACAGUACGUAAACUACAGUCAACAAUCAAGGCCACAAAUAACCCCUCUGCGCCCUGUGGAACCAUGUUUUGAGAGCAUGGCAUAUCGGAGAAAAAAAAAACAGUGCACUGCAGUCCAACACAUUGAAUGUUUGAGUUUCCCAUUGACGUUUUGUAGACAUAAAGUUUGUUUGUCAUUUGAGGCUCAUGCUGAUUCUCAAUUUUACUCAAAUCUGACGUGAAAAAGCCUUACUUCUUAAAACAGUACAUAAAAAUGUACGCCCUUCUUUAAGUCCCUGUUUUUAUUACUUUAUUUUCUGGUUAAUAAUCUGGAACAAUCGUUCACAUUUUCACUGUACAGUCAAAGUGUUUUUCUCUUAUUUUCGGUUGUUUGCUCCCAGCUCUUGAUAACUUGAACUCCUGAUAACCCAAACCUUUAGAGGAGUCCACUGUACUUGAUCACUGGGGGACUAUGGGAGUGAUUGAUAUCACUUCAAGGGGCCAUAACAACAUAUGCAUUUUAUCGGAUUGCUUGGAUCGGAUCGGACUGGCACUUCACCUUAAAUUUCUGCCAAAAAUGGUCAUGUUUCCAUUCAAAGUGAUAAUUUGCUUGUUGGUUGUUGUACGACUGUCAGGGUUUCCGGUAAAGCAGAUAGUUUGGUUUUUAUGUUUGCAGUAGAGGACCGUGAAGAAGACUUCUUGUUAAUUAAAAUAGCUUAUGUGAAAUUUGAGGAGGUCAAUUCACUUAUCCCCAACAAGUCAUCGCAAUUGUACCUUUCUCAAUCAUUAUUGCAACAAUUUCUUAGUUGUCUCCUCUGAAAAAACCAAUUCAAUGAUUUUUCCAUCUCUAGACGCAGCAUACAGAUUGUAAAUGGGAUGAACUUAGUAAACACACCCAUCAAUAACUAACUGUUUGGAAAUACGGCAAUUAGCUUCUCGUUGGUCGGCAUUAUUUUUACUCUUAUCUUUACUCAUCGACAUACUAGAGUAAAAUAACAUCUCUUCAAAUAGCUUAUCCUUCCAAGAAAAAUCCCAAGGUCAAAUUCCAGGAAUUACCCCCAUACCAGAAUAAAUUUCCAAAAUAUGUUUUCCCUCACUCAACCACUUUUCAAAUCAAAAAUGCUGACUCAGCAAAAGACACUAGUAGUUAGGGAAAUGGCGAGCGAAGCGUGUAUUGGCACGUGAGCCGAAGGCGAACAUGUGCCAAUACCGCCAUUUCCCUAACUACUGAAAGCGAUAUGCACUGGAUAAAUCGCUAUCCCUCGGAUAAGUAAUGCAAAGACCAAUUACGUUAUCCACUGGAUAGUGAUUUAUCCAGUUGAUAACGCUAUCCACCUUUUCAAAAGCUGGAUCCUGGUUAUUAGUCCAGACAUGUCUGGGCUAGUCAUACAUGUAGGUUCAACUCCUUUUGGACGAACUUUGGCCUGCCUGUGUCAUCGUCCCUCAAAAUAAUUCUUCUGCCCAAAAGUGGUUAAUGCUAGUCCGAUUUGAUCUGCAAUCUGAUCUGAUCCAGAAACGCAAAACGAGAAUUAUUGAGGUAGACACUUAUGCCCUAUAAAAACCUGUAAAAUGGAAAAUAAAAAUUUAUUCCUUAAUACAUUUUGAAAAAUAGGAAAAAAAAUACAUACUACUUAUAAUAAUGAUUAUAAUAAUAGUAAUCAUGCAUCAUCAUCAUCUUCACUAUAUAAAGUCACCAUUGAAACCACAAAUUGCAAUUGCAUUGUUGUCAAUAAUUCAUGUUAGCUUAGCCCAGGCAUAUUGAAAAGUGCAUGCUGUUUAUCUGCUGCUAGGUCCUUAUCAGUGGAAUUUUGGGUUAUGUUGGAGCAAAAGAUGCUGAAAACCCAAACAAAUGCUUGGUGAGUGUUAGAAGUACAAAUUAAUUAGGUGAUCAUACCCUGGGUGCCAGAGACUUUCAUGCGUGGUUGCCGGUUUCCGUCAAGUCUUUAUAGUGACCCGCGCAAAAAGCCUCUGGACCAGAGCGCUAUUGCUUUGAUAGCGCCGAGCCAAUCGCAAGCACAGUUUGGUCCAGUUUUUGGACACGAUGGCUGAUUGGUUCCUAACAACCACCUAAGGUACUUUGAAUCUAUUAAUAGACGCUACAUUAUUGGUUGGCCAGAAUAGGACACCACAUGGAAGAAUAUUUCAAACUGUGCUGUUUAUGUUAGGAUAACAAUGGAUUCUGUUCUUGCUCUGCCGAAUGUUUUGGAACAGUAGUGAUGGAAAGUACAAGGCCUCCAAAAAAUAUUUCAAUAUUUCGAUAAUAUUUCAAACUGUGCUAUUUAUGUUAGGAUAGCAAUGGACUCUGUACUUGCUCCGCUGAAUGUUUUGGAGUAGUAGUGAUGUUAGGUACAAGGCCUCAAAAAAAAAAAUGUUUGACAGAGAGGAGAAGUGAAGCGCGAGGUAAAUGUUGAACAUGUUGAAGUUUUUGGAGCAAGCUAGGAUGUUCUGGCGGCCUUGCAGCAGGGACACCCAACGACUACUUUCUGUAAAAUAUCUUUUCAGAGAAGCAAGCCUAGAAUUUUCUAUUACUUGAGGACGGCUAAAAAUUUCUAUAUGACCGUUCCAUUCAUGUACCAUUUUCGAAGCUUAUUUAACAAAUUCCCUACGAUUUUCUGAAGUUUAAUUUUUCGCAUUUCACCGCCCAGGUUAGGCUAUCUAUCGUACAAAAAAAGGAUACCUAAAACUUUCGGAUUCAAAAACGUCGAGAGAGGAAUCAGAAACCGAAAUUCUCACUUUCGAAAUACGUUAUAUUGCAUCUAGAACUUUCGGGAAAAUAAUACUCAAGCCCUUGUAAUUUCGAAAAGACUCGAGUUCCCCUGGGAUGACCGAACGGGUACAAAUUUUACAACGCCGCUUAUAAUGCAUUACUAGAGAUCUAAGAGAACUCUUGAUAGCCUAAAAAGUGUUUUCAAGGUAUUUACGAGGAAACCGUCGUUGGGUGCCCCCGUUGCAGGCUGCCGAAUGGAAUAUCGUUGUCGUUACAGCUCUCCUGCUGAAUAUGGCAAAUUUUGCUGGACUGUGUGUGCGAUCAACGAGUAUCCAUGAGGGCCUAAAAUGAUUUUUUUGUGUGUCCGAUUAAUGCCCUUAUUCUGAAAUGGUACGGUGGAGAUUUUGUUUGUUUAUGCCAGCAAUGUGAGCUUACAAUAGUUGCAAAUUAUAUUUUACAUCGAAAUUUGUCAAAAUUAUUACUCUUUUGUUUGUCUGAAAUAUUACUUCACGUGCCAGUCCGUAUGAUCACAGCUGGAGUUGUUUGAUCUGAUUGGUUCAAAUGUAAUGCGAUUAAAAACAAGCUUAAAGUUCAAUGGGGACGGUAAAUGCAUCACUCCAUAAUAGAGGUUUUUUCUCGUGGCUUCGCUGCUCGUGACUUCGCCUUUCACCGAAGAUGUGUCAGCCGAAGCAUCCUGCCGCAUGCGACAAACCCUUUGGUACCCAGGGUAAGGUGAGAAUUACGUGUGACUUGCCUUACAAGUUGCUCCAUGUGGUUUCAUACAAGAAGGAAACUGGGCCGAAUGAUUUUUGCAAAGGCUUCCGGGAUUGUUACUGGGGACGCGCUGGUCAGCUUUCAGGCCAAUUUUUCCACUCUCUCCAGUAACGGUCCCAGAAGUCUUUGCAAAACUUAACUUGGCCCAGUUUCUUCUCAUUUCUAAAGUGGCGAAUGUGGGUAUCACAUAUUAGUUACCAUUCUUAAGCCUGGUGUCCAUAUUGAUCGUCCUGAUCGCCCCAGUCGUUUCAAAAAAUUUCGAGACGAUCCGGACGACUCGGGCGAUUAGUAGUUUCCAUAUCAUCGUCUCGAUCGCCUCAAAUAUGGAAACGCUCAUAUGGAAACCAGGCUUUAUUGUUAAUAUGAAUUAUGAUUCUUGAUAGAAGCUUUUCAUUCUGACUUAAAUCUGCAUUUGUAAACAGAUUGGAUGUUUCAUGGGAUUCUCCAUCACUGUUUGUGUCAUGACUGGAACCAUGUUCAUCUGCUACUGCAUUGCUCUUGGGGAAUUCAAUCAAAUCAACCGCUGCUAUUAUUAUAGGACCUAUGAUUACUAUGAUUAUGGUUACUCGACAAAGAAAAAAUGUAACUUAGAAUCGACGCGCUAUAACCUUUCAGUUGGUACAGGAUUGGGCCUGGGUUCCCUCCAACUGAUUUAUUCCAUUGGGCUGUUCGUUGUUGCCCUUGCUUCGUCCAUCUACUGCUGCAAGGCAAUGUGCUGUGGAGCUUCUGCUGUAGGAACUGUAAGUAACAUGAUUCUCAUUUUGUUUACCCUUCUUGUGCUCAUUACUGUGUUAGAUUGAAUUACAGUCAAAGCAUGUCAAGCGUUCCAGGCGCUAGUGGACUAAUAAAUUCAUGAAUGGAAAAAUGAUUCGGUUUGUAGAUUCAAUAAUCCAUUCAUAAAAUGAAUAAUCCAAUAGUCAAAUUGGACCUCGAUUCAAUAAUUAAAUGAACAAAAUCUACCUGUUCUUUAUUCUUGUCUUGUGUUAAAUCGUAUUUGCUUGCCUUUUCGUACCGUUUACGAUUGCGUUUUUCAUUGCCUUUAAUCAAAAUAACAGCUAGAAUAGACAGACCGCAAACUCAAAGAAUCUGACAAAUUAGGCUGAGGAUCGAAGUCCAACAAUCUCUGCACAUACACUGACCUCAGUUUCACCAUCGUGUUUUCUAGGAGAUCAGGUCUGUUGCACUGAUUACUGGCAGCAAAAUGGCGAAUAUGUAACAGUUUGUUUGGGUUUGUACUUCAGAACUCGCCCGCACUCGACUCUUAAAAAAAAAAAAUUAAGAAUAAAAAACAAAAUUCUGAGGUCUACCUGUGGAAUGUUUAGUUUCAAAAUUCGAUUAUUGAAUGGAGGCUGAAUAUGAAUAUUGGAUUGUCAUUUUAUAAAUGGAUUAUUGAAUCAACAAACGAAAUCAUUUUGCCAUUAAUGAAUUCAUUAGUUCGUUAGCGACGGGCACGCUUGACCUGCUUUGACUGUAAACACCUAAUUAUCCACUUCCUUCAUGGCAUUUUUCUUGGAUAAUGAAACAAAUAAUUAUAUGAAACAUGGGAAGUUGAAGUAAAGAACCCCUACUGAUAGGAAGCGAACGAGUUGGGUAUUUUACAAGCAUGGCCAAGGAUCUUCACUAUAAGUACCAAGAACAAAUCCAGUCAAUAACAAUAACAACAACAAUCUUUAUUUGUACUCACUCUUGCUCAAAAAUAAAUUACGACAAUGAAAUUAUUAAAAGUAACAAUUAGAGUACUGGCUCCCUGGAAUAACCAUAGAGGCUAGCGGAGCCAGGCAGCCAGUUGACAUCAGCAUUAAAUAGAAAUAAAUUAAAGGUCAGCAAGAAAACUGAAGCACAAAUGCACAAAUAAAAAGAAAGAAAGAAAGAAAAGAGAGAGAGAGAAGAGGAAAAACUCUAUUUCUACGCUAUGAAGGAAGUCUAAAAUAGUCAAAUUUAUAUAUGAAUACAAAUCAUUAAUAUAAGAAGAGCACACAAUAGCUAUGGCAACUAAUCACUAAUAACAAGUUAUAUAUUAAACUAUAGAACAAAAAACAUUGAGACUUGGAAAGGUGACAGAAUUUAACAAAAGGCUAAUUUCCAGGUAAUUUGGGAAACAACACAACUGCUAAUAAGAAUACCAGUAACUAAUAAUCUUUGACAAGAUCGCUUUUUACAACAGGGGUCUUUUUUGCAUGAGCAUGCGCGACCGCUGACUUGUCAAAGAGCACGCGACCAGUGACGGCGACCGUGCUGCAAAGUUAUAGGAACCAAAUUGUUCACUUUGAAAGCUUGCUUGAGAUUGAAAUGGUAGCAGGAACUUAGGAAAGACCUUCGUUGUACAAAAUAAAAAAAGAUCUGUCGAUUUAAAGUGGAGACUGAUGCGCUGAACGAGGUGAAAGAGCAAGUUUCUCAAGGAUGUCUGACGCGAACAUGGCUGCUUCUUGUUGUUUGGCGCUCGACUCCUGUCUUGAUUCCCCUUUAAGAACCGCAAAGUUUGGCAUAGAAUGCAUUGCGGAUGCGUAGCUAUUGAGCAAAAUGUUUUUUAUUUAGUGUUUGUCUAUAAAUCGGAUGUAAAUCAGUUUCUCGAUGCCGUAGAGGAUUUCUGUCAAUAAUUUGUUAAUAGCUGAUUUAGCCAUAUUUUGGGAGUGGAUUAAUAACGAUCAGCGGGCGACUACCACGCCGUUUUCAGUUGGAAUAGAAAGUUUUUGCCUUAAGUAUUUUAGCGAUACACAGUUUGUUUAAAGGAAAAUUGUAGAACGUCUUGUUUUUGCGUGGACUAACAUUGUAACGUAUCUUUUACAGGAAUUUGCUUUUAGCCAGAACUUAAAUGUUCUAAUGAUUUUUAACUUUUGGUCGCCAUCACAUGUUUACUGUACUUCUUGGGAACCCUAACCGUUUGUUUCAUCAAAAUCGGUCACAAGAUUGGACUUUAAUUUCGGUCCUAUUGAAUGCAGUUUUGACUGUGUCUCAUUGAUAUUCAUUUUUUUUAUUGUUCGAGACAUACAGAGUGACUACCACCAACAUCUCACCAGGUGACUAAUUUACGUCUCGUGUGCUCUUAAUUUUGUAGCUUUAAAGUGCUGGGAAAAUUGUAGAACAUAUAUUAAUUCACUGCUGAACUGAACAUCGGCUUUCGCGCACUUCGAACCCACUCGCUGAAAUUUGCUAUGUUUUUUUUUUUAAAUAUUUCUCUUCCUUUCCCAUUUCAAAACAAAGAAAAUUGAAAGUGUUUACUUGCAUCAACAAACGUUUCUGCACUUUGUUUAGACUUUGAUGAGGUCAGCGCAAUCCUCCAGGCACUACAUAUACGCGGGCUGUUGUCCAGGUCAAGCGGGGAGAUGAAAUUUGAUAGUAGCUCGUGUAUGUUAAAGCCGGUCUACUUCGCUUUUGUUAAGACCAUGUUAGAGUUUCUUUUUGCAAACUACACAUUUUUUGUUAAAUCACGAGCACAUUCGCCAAGACCAACGAGCAAAAUAAUCGCUAUGAUAGCUUUGAGAACGCGCCAUUUUGAUGAAGGCAAACCCUGUGGUGAGCCUCCAUGCACAUCGCUUGUUCAGCGGUCGCGCAUUCUCACGCAAAAAAGACCCCUGUUGCGUUUUACUGAUUCCUUGAACUUUGAAAUAGAGAAGGUUUUCAAAUUUUCACCGAUUGAGUUCCAUACUUUGGGGCCCUUUAAUCUUAUGUUGAAUAUUCCAUAAUUUGUUUUUACUUUAGGUAAAGUAUAGAACAUAUUCGAGGCACUUCUUGUAUUAUAGUUAUGUCUUUUAUUGACUUGUGUGAAAAAAGUAUCAAACACAGAUGGUAGACGUCUAUUGUGAAAUUUAUACAUAAAAACUGCAAUAUUAAGAAAGACAAGGUCAGGCAGUUUCACAAUAUUUAAGUGUUUGAAAAUUGGACUAGAGUGCUCAUGAAAUUUAGAGAAAGUCAUCACUCACAUUGAUCUCUUUUGUAAAGUGAACAAAGGCUGGACGGUUGAAUAAUAGGUGUUACCCCAAGAAAUUAAACCAUAGGUUAAGAAGGGAUACAUACAUACAUUCAUCCUUCAUUAUCUUUCCUUAAACAAGGCUUUUCAAAGAUAAUUACAAAAAGUAUAAUUACAAACAAAAUGAAGUACAGUAAAUAUGUAAAAAGUGGAUUGGUAAAAUUAUCCAAGAGGUAAAUUUUUUUUUUUUUUUUAAGCUUGCGAGCGGGCAGAACCCUCCAAAUCCUGCAAUCUGAUUGUUCCGACAACGGGCGGUUUUUUACGAUCUAGUCCGUUGGCAGCUUCAUUCACAAGUUUGUUUGUUGUUCGUGAAUCAGCAAAACCCGUGAUUUUUAACCAUUUUUCUUUUAAAACUUGCGCUAUUAUUAGCAUUAGCUAGGGAAAAGUGAAUUUUGUUAUACAGACAAAAAAUCUGAACGAAAAAUCAAGCAAGUCAGCCAGGAAAACCGCUAAAGUAACGCAAAACAGGUGGCUCGUGAUGUCGCUUCAGUAGCUUUAUAAACUACGCUGUAAGUACUGCAAUCUUGCUUUUAUGCACCCUUUACUCGACAUUUUUGCUGUCUGAAUCUAGAUUCUGCCGUUUUUCAUGGAAUUUUGCCUUGCUAGUUUUCUACUUUUCAGAAAAGGUUGUUGUCAACGAUUGCAUUAAUUUAGCUUUCAAUCUUGAACAAACAACACGAACAACUUUUCCAACAGUCGGUUAUCGCCGUUUUCAUUUCUUUGUUUAUAUACUUGUUUAGUUACCCACAUCGCCUUCCUUUAUUCGAAUUCAAUUUAAAACAGUAAGAUUGGUAUGUUUAAUUAGCUCUUUUUAUAAAACCUUUGUGCAGUUUUUAUCCCGCUCGAUUGAAUUUUAAUCUUAAAGUAAAUAUUCAGCCGGGGAAAGUCUUUGUUGUAUUUUCUUUCCUGUGGCUUUUAAGUUCGUCAAUUCUUUUAUCCUUGUUUGACACUCAGAUUAUGAAUUAUCUACCAAGACACAAAAACCUUUCUUUAUUCUAAAAGAGAGCUUAAUUGUGAUAAUAUAAAUUACAAGUUCAAGAAUCGUGAUGUAAUGUUUUGUUUUGGUUUGCAAUCGAUCGCGCGCUUUGAACAUCAACACGAACGCACCCUUCUUCAACACACAUAGGUUGGAGGCUGAAGUAAUAUUUUCCUGAAACUUUUAAAUCUCAGUAGGACAAAAAAAAUGCUAUUCACCGGCCUAGGUCGGUCCGUAUUGGGAGAAACUGUGCCUUGGGUCUGAGUACGGCCUCGGGCGAUACGCAAGACCUCUGGCACCGUUUCUCCCAAUACGGACCUCCCAGCCGGUGAAUAACAUAUAUAUAUAUAUAUACGAUCGUCCAUAAAAUACAAGAAACAUCGUUUAUAAAGUUCUAUGCCGAGCAAAGUAUUCUACUUUUGAGCUUUCGUUUGAAGCUUAAAACAUCUUUGCUUAGUUUUAAUUCAUUGUGCAAUGAGGGAUAUAUUAAGGCAUAAUAUAGUUUAACCAGAAUAUCUGAAUUCACAUAAUAACGAAGUUUAGAAAGAAUCCCAAUAUUUCGCUUAAUCUUUUUAGCAAUAUAGCUUACUUGACUUUUGCAUGAUGAAUUAGAAUCUAUUAUAAUACCUAGAUAUUUUAUCGAGUACUCUUGGUUUAAAUUUAUGCCAUUUAGGGAGAGUGUGACAUAAAAGGGUAACCGAGCUCAACAACAAUUUCGUUCGUAUCAUCCUGCGUGUCACUAGAAGUCUUUGGAAUACCCCCGAUUUCCAAGCAGUCUCGUCUCGAGUAUUGUUCAAGUUCGUUAAAUGAUUCCUUCAAAGCUCUUAACUGAUUUGUAAUAUCCAGGAGCUCAGCUUUUAGACUCUUGUUCUCAUUGUCCAGUUCUGUCAUUCCUUUUUAAUAGGCUGACAUUUUUGUUAGUAGUUGGUCAUAUUUAGAGUUAGCAGUGGCGAUAGACUUCUUCACUUCGUCAAUCGAUUUGCGUAGAGGCUCUAAAGCCUUCUCCAACAAAUUCUUUAAUUCUUCUGUCUUAAGACCUCUCAUAACGGUACGUAGAUGAAUUAAGACAUGUAGCACGAAAAAAGAAAAAAAAAAGAGGAAAAGGCAGCUUUGAUAAGCUAAAUUCACUGUAUUUUUAACGAAGCUCAAAAAUUACCGCCAUCUUUCUCGCUGACUGCUGGCCGCUGAUGUCAUCGCGAUGUCAGCUUAAGGUGAUGUUACACCAGACGAUUCGCAACGACGAUUUUUAGCGCAACACAACGUUGCAACAUUGUUUCGAAUGGUUACAACACUGUUCCAACAUUGCAACGCUGUGUUGCGCUAAAAAUCGUCGUUGCGAAUCGUCCCAUGCAAUAUCACCUUUAGAAUGUCAGUCAGCAGUUAGGAUGGGAAUUGAACUAGUGGCCUCCGCAUUACAAGUUGCUCCUUCACUCAGUUUUCUCUAAAUCCCCAAAAUGUGUUGCAUAUGUGGCUUAACCCUAUAAGUCCCAAGAGUGACCAAAGUCAAUUUUCUCCUUAAAGGGACACAGUCAGCUAUGGGACCGCGCUGACCUGGACACCACUUUUGCCAGUUUGAAAAGCGUUUACCUCAACCCGAAAUCAAAUCUACGCGUCGGAUACAUAUAAAAAUCCGCUUCAAUCCUGCCUAGUGUUUCAUUCGAUCCUCGAUCUUUCACUGAAAAUCUCUUUUUGAGCAAACUUUUAAUCAUCCUAUUACAUUAUUUUAUCAUAUUUGGUUAAAAACAGUAUUCAAAGGAACAUGAACAGAAGAGGUGAGAAACGCGUAGGCGCCGGGCGAUAGAAAUCGCCUUCGUUUGCCAACAUAACAAGAGAAUUGAAUCAGUAACAUUGGCGAGCAAAUAAUCGUUAUAUAUAUUUCGAAAAUAGAUGGAAAAGGUGCCAUAUAUUUGGAAAAUCAAGCUUUCUCGACCGUGACACUUCGACAAUGAUUAAGACUUCGUGCAAUUUCACACCUCUACUGAUGUUCGAAUUCGGAAGUAUUCGUCGAUGUUUGGCGGUGAAUUCUCAAUGGUAUAUAAAAAAAAUAAGUGCUCUGAUAUGGCGUAGGGCCUAUAAUCACGAUUUCGACUUGUACCUAGUUCAACUCUACAAGGUUUGUUUAGAGUAUUCCGGAUACGCUUUUGUUUCACUCGCGUCUUGUGACAUGCAAAUCAGCUAAGAAAUGGUAUCUAAUGCGCCUGUACAUCAGCUGACUGUGACCCUUUAACAAUAUCAGUACACAAUCAAGAGAAUGGGUUGUGAGAAUUAAAAAAAUAAUCACCUGAGCGAAAAUGCUCUGAUCUUUUAUCAAAUUCUCUCAACUUUUUCUUUAUAGAAUUGUAUAGAGAUCAGUUUGGAGAAUUUGCAUGUGGAUAGUGGGGCUUAAAGGGUUAAGUAUGCAGAUCUCUUCUUGAGAGUCUUACAAGGAACAAUCUGAAUUAUUGAGAAUAAUAAUGUGAACUGUUGACGAACUAGUUGGAGGGUAAAAUUAAUAAAAUGAGGCGAAAAUAACUCUAGGUUCCUUAUUAGCUUCUGAAAUUUGGAUAAGCUUCCACCAUUUGGGUCUCAGUGGCAAUGAGACCUGUUUAGUAGCAAUUCAACUGUAUAUUAGUUUUAAAUUAAUUUUAUUUAUUUUGGAAACAAACAAAAAGAAAGAUUACAUAGCUCUGUUAGCCCACGUAAGAAGUGUUUAGAAAUCCUUACCAAUAAAUAUUUAAUUGCUGCCCUCGAGUAAGCACAACACAAGGAAAAAAAAUUAAAAUUCAAUAAAUGCAUAUCGUAUUAUUUUCCUCCUGAGAAGGCGUGGUGGUGGCUGACACUUUGAUCUUCAUAUCUGGAGUUCUUGGUCCCUUAAACAAAAAGCUUUGCUCUCUUUAUCUCUCUUCACCCAAGUGUAUAAAUACAUACAAGUAAUAUAGUGUGGGGGUACCCGGCAAUGGACUGGCAUCUUCUCCGAGGGGGAAUUAGAAUUUCUCCAACGUGGUAUUUUUCGUGCUUAGAAUUACCAUUUAUUCGAUUAAGUAUCCAGCCUCAAAUACCGGGCACCCACCCCCACCAAGAACAACUGACCUUACUGAAAAAUGAGAUUGAAAUAAUUGACAUAAUGCUACUAAAAGAGUUUCCCACAGAUCAAGCCUUUUUAAGUAUUUUAAAGAAACUUUCAGUCAACAGCUGAAAUUCUACUUUUGUACAUCUUCACAUUUUAUUGUCAAUUGUGUGUUUUCACAUGAUGUCAUGGCGGCCAUAUUUGUGUCCCAAACCAGUCCUGUGGGAGUUGAACUCUUUUCUUAUGUAAACGCUUUCUUUUGUUCCAAUAACUUUACAUAGAUACUGGCCACAAGAGUGAAAACACAGAAUUGUUUUGUUGCAAAGUAAAGUUAGUACUUGCUGAAAGUGAUGACAAAUAACUUAUUAAGCCCCCGGCCUCGUAUAAGCGCCCACCUCAAAAAAGUGCCCACCCUAAGGGCCAAACAUUUUAUAAGCGCUGAGGGUGCUUAACCUAAAUUUAUAAAUAGGGUUAAAACUAGGGUUAAGUGUAGGCCGUAUGUACUUCUUUACCUUCACCGUACCUUCGUCCUAUCUUACAAAUAAUUUUAUCAUUCGUUGCAAAAGUUUUCUUCUUUUUCAUUGGCCGAGAGCCCACCACGUGACCUGCAAAUAACUGCCUACGAAUAAUGGUCUGCUCAUGCGCAAUGUUGUCCAGCUGUGUUUGGCUGCAAAUAAUAUUCUGCUCAUGCUUAAACGAAAGCACGCUUUACUCCUUCUUGCGAUCGCUCUUGCGUAAAGAAUGGCAGAUCGCUUAAAAAACAAACUUGGUGAUCGAAUGAUAAAACAAUUAUUGAAAACUGAUUAUCGCAAAAUAUCGUGAUUUGUCAGUGUCUCGCAGAUCAAUUAUUUGCCUCAGCCUUCAGCUUCAGCUAAUAAUUAAUCUGCUCGCCACUGACAAAUUAGGAUAUUUUGCUUAACCUUGUCCAAUUAUUGUUAAAUACUUUUGUUAUUAUAAAUUUAAUGUAGGUUACCAACCAGCAAGUGAUGUAUGUUAGACCUCAACAAACGUACCCAGGGGGCCAAUCUGGUUUUGUGGUUAAUCAACCAAGCGGUGUCGCAGCAACUGUGUCUCAUGGUUACCCAAUGGCAGGACAGCAAACAUUUAUCAUACCUUCACAGGUAACAAAUGCCAACAACAACAAACUAAGUGAAACACAAAAAUAACUGCUUAUACGAAGAAAGAAAGAAUAGAAGGUAUUAAAAUAGAAUAAGACAGCAUAUACAGGUGUAAUAGUAGGAACAAGUGGGCAAACAUGAAGAAGACUGAAAUAGAUGUCAAUUGUGGUUUUUGUGACUACUGCGCAUACGCCAGUAGUCACUAUUGCCAUCAAGUUAGUUUUCCGAAAGUAGGCAAGAACGUCAUGGUAAGCCAAAGAUGUAGAUCCGUAUUCCUCUAUUGUCCUGAUCUAUUGUCCUCUAUUGUCUUCUAUUAUAUGUGCUCUAAGUGUGAGCUAGCAUGACGUUUUGGCCCGAAAGUAACUGAGUAACAAGAGAAUAUGCUUCGAAGCCAAUCAGCAUACAAAUAUAACCAAUUUUCGGAUUCAUUUGUCGCGACGAUGAUUUGUCGAUAGUCCUCGAUGACAAACGAAAUGCUCGGCUGCCUAGUGGUCCGCUUUGAUGGCUUGUGGGACAAGUUUCGCGUAUUCACGUUUGAAAAAAUGUUGCCGUGCAUUCGAAUGAAAAUCUAGCGAAAUACAUCAUUUCUCAAGAAGCGUAUCUUCACUUCUCAUCUUCAAAAUAAGUCUAGAAACCACCAUAUUUGUAUAAUAGAUUUCUCCGCCCCAAAUCAACUCCUGUGAAAAUAUGAUUGUGUAAUGAAAUUUUGGAGUAGACUUUCGGUCACAAGCUAGGCAACGAAGGAUCACAGGAUCAGGUUUCAUCAAAGAUGUUCAUUUUCUUCAAGCAACUAGGCAAAUGACACGCAAUUUGCAACACACGUAGUAAAGAAACAGAAUAUUUUUCCAGUUUUUGUUCUUUAAAAAUUAUAUUUAAACUAGAAAUACGUGUAUCACAGAACCUCCUGGGGGGGGGGGGAGGCCCAUAAAAUGUCAGGGAUGAAAGCGGGGGAGGGAAUUGAAGGAAAUUGUGAAGCUUGGGAGGGCGGGUUUCAACACUGGCUCUAAUAUUGGAAGGUGAGAUUUGAUUAAUCUCUAUUUGGUUGGAGUAAAUUUGAACCCAGUGCUCUGACGUUGAAAAGGAUUUUCUGGGAUUGAAAUGUGGUUGGGGUUGUUAAGGAAGGAUAGGCAAUGUUUCAUAGGUCCCAAGUUCACCCCAUUUCACCCUCCUAUAUGUGUAAUUACAGUCAAAAGGAAAUGGGUACGGUGUGAUAGUGAGUAACUGCAGGUGAAUAUGCCGCUAACAGUAAGGUGCAAACAUAAUCAUUUACACUAAAAUAGAAAUUACAUGUAGCAAUGCCAUUAAUGAUGCAAUUGAGGAGAAUUGUGAAAGUGAUCAUGACUCAUGAUUCUUGAAUUUGUGGUACCCUCAUUAGCACUGAAUUAUCCCUGUAAAGACUACCAAAUCAUUUAUGAAAGUGUUCAUAGUUAUUUGUGUACAUGCAUGAAAAACAAAUACCCAUGCAAGAGUGAAUUUGUAUGAAAUGUCCACAAUCAUACAAGUCAUGUUGAAGGUGAUCAGUUUCUGAAUUCUCAACAUGUAAAGUAAAGUAAAACUUUAUUGAAUCUCCCAAUCAGGGUUUUUCAGACCCAAAGUACAUAAGCAUAUAUAUAAUUCAUAUUAAGGUAAAAUGUCUAGACGUUAAAAUUAUAAUAAUAGAUAAAAACUAGCUGACAAGAAAUGAUUCGAAAAGGAAUUCUCUAAGUUUCUUUUUGAGAGUACACAGGCUAUCUGCAGCAGUGAUCGCACGUGGUAAUGAGUUCCAGAGUUUAAUUGCUCUAUAUAGAAAAGUUCGCUGACCCGCGGCCGAUUAAUAAGCUGGAAUAUUAAGAUAGUCCUUAUUUCUUGUGUUGCGAUCAUGAACAGUAGAUCUUGUUACAAAACGAUCACUCAAGUAACUAGGUGCUAGCCCUUUCACACACUUAAACGCGAGAGCGCCUACCGUAUACGUCAAAUAAUAACUCACAGGGAGCCAGCGUAACUUCUGAAGAACCGGUGUUACACGAUCAAAUUUACGUGUAUUAGGGAUUAUUCUUGCAGCGAAAUUCUGGAUUUUUUGCAGCUUUGACAUAUUUUUCUUAGUUGUGCUAGACCAUACUGGAGAACAAUAGUAUAAUUUGCUAAACACCAGCGCAUUUAUAACAUUCUCCAAUGUCCUGGUACCGAGAAGAUGUCUCACCCUAUUUAGGAAACCCUACAUCUGCUUGUUUAAUUUCUUGAAACAAUAUUCUGCCAAUGGAACAUGCAUGUUUAACUUCGGCAGAUAUGCAGAAAUAUGUCACCUCCCUCUGACUUCUUUGUGAGAGUUAAAUUUUCCCUGACUUAUACUGAAAUUCCCUGACUUGUUAAAGUGUCCCUUACGGGUAAAAGAAUUAAUUUUCCUGGCAUGGUAACACGUCACACACUACUAUUUUGAGGAGAUCCGAAAUACAGAUGUUCUUUUCGAAUUAUUUAGUAGGAGACCAGCAAUAAUAAAUUUUUGUUAUGUUUGACUUAAGACACAGUUGUGUUUAUGAAUAAGGCUGCUAUACAUAAAUAUAUAUUUUUAUUUGGGAUGGUUUUGGGGAAGUAAAUGUUUUGAAAAUUGUAAACGAAAAUUUUGUUUCUUUGGCGUUCUCCAGAGGAGUUUCGGUGGAAAAUCUUCGCCGGCAAGGAUUUCCACACACUUGAUGUGCUUGUUGUUCGAUGUAAUUUGCACGGGAAAUUGCUCGUGAAACAUUCUUUCACAGACGAUGAAUAAGCACAUCAGCGUGAAUAAGCACGUCGGCUGCAAAGUCUGUGUUGCCUGGAAACACAAAAUGUUCCAUGACGUAACGCUACAUGACGUCAUUGGCGGACAGCAAGAUAUAUGUGAAUAGUAAAGGCUGGUUUUCACUAGCGACGGAGUCGGAGUCGGAGUCGUAAUCAGAAGCGUAGAGCUUAUGAUCUAGUGAAAACAGCGUUCAGAUUCCGCUUAUGACUCCGUCGCUUACGUUCCGCUUAUGAUCUAGUGAAAGUCGAAGGCAGAAGCGGAAGAACCAAACCAAUCAAAAGGCGUGGGAACGUGCAUUGUGAUUGGUUUAUCCUUCCGUUUCUGCUUCCGACUCCGACGAUCUGGUUUUCACUAGAUCAUAAGCGUAAUGUAAGUGACGGAGUCGGAAGAAGUGGAAACGUUCUGAUUCUUCUGACUCCGGUUCCAUCGUACUUAUGACUCCGCUUACGACUCCGAUUUUUUAUGUACACUAGGUCAUAAGCGCUCUUGCGACUCCGCUUACAACUCAAACUCCGACUCCGUCGCUAGUGAAAACUAGCCUUAAGUGAGAUAAAUGGGUCAUCAAAUUUUGCAGCUGGCUAAGACCGGUUCAUGUGCUGCGACGUGCUGCGACGAGAUUAUAAACUCGCUUCGCCAGAAUGAUGUUUCUGUUAUUACAAUUUAUAGACUUCCAAGCGCGAUCGAGGUAAUUUCUGAUGUUACUGUCAAUCAUUUCUCAGGUCUUGUUAGUCUUCACGCGCAAUGUCACAAAAGAUAAAAAGUCGUAGGAAAAUCUUCUUGAACCAAACCAGAAAAAAAUGAAAAGUUCGUCUGUUUUUGGCCAGAUAUUUAUUUUACUGGUAGUAGCCGAAUAAUGUGAUUGUAUCGAACCCUAAAAAGUCAAAAGGAAAUGGGUGUGAUAGUGAAUAACUGCAGGCGAAUAUACAGUUGCGUUUGCGUAAUAAAAGCUAACCCAUGCCAUGUCUAAUAAUGUGUAAUUAAUUAUAAUUAUUAAUGUGCAGUGUGCAGUAGUAGGGAGUGGAUGAAAUGGUAGGAGAUAAUGGUACAGUGAAAACAACAAGUAAAAGCUGGUAAUUGGAGAAAAAAAAAUGUUUCUUGUUAAGUGAACUACACCAAUGAGAGUGCAUGGUUGCACUUGUUAGUACAUAAUCACACUUCACAACUAAUUGUUAGUAACAGUAUGGUGCAAACUAGUCACUAGAAUAGAAAUUACAUGUAGCAAUGUCAUUAAGGAUGCAGUUCAGGAGAAUUAUGAAAGUGAUCAUGACUCAUGAUUAUUGAAUAUGCGGGCCUUAGUUAGCACUGAAUCCCUGUAAAAAGUACCAAAUCAUUUAUGAAAGUGUUCAUAGUUAUUUGUGUACAUGCAUGAGAGAGAAAUACUCAUGCAAGAGUGAAUUUGUAUGAAAUGUCCACAUAAAAGUCGUGUUGAAGGUGAUCAGUUUCUCAAUUCUCAACAUGCAUGAGUAUAUGUAUAUGUAUAUGUAUGCACAUAUAUAUAUAUAUAUAUAUAUAUAUAUAUAUAUGUUGUGUAAAAAAAACGGUACCGUAAGAAAGCUGUUUUUUUACACUGAUAUAUUUGUAAAAAAACAGCUUUUUUACAAAAAUAUAUUUUGUAAAAAAACGGUCCUACACUAAAUGUUGCUGGCGAAUUCAGCUUGUGUUCAUAUUAAAGUUGUUUAGCCUUUACAAGUGUUUUCGGGCUUAUUUCUCGAUCUCUAAAAUAAAACACGCAUUGCCGUACGUUACAGACCGCCUUUAUAGUCCCUAAUUGUUAUAAACAAAUCGGCUGCUGUUUUUAUGGCCUUAUAAAGUUGCUCUGUGUAUUGCAAAAAUUAGACUAACAAGUAGCUAUAAGCUAGCGUUUCCUUUUGCUUGAUUAGCCGACUGAACAUGUUCCUACAUCAUGUUAAAAGCUUAAAGUUGUAACGUAGACAUGACAAUCUUGCAUGCAUCAACAUGGAUUUCAACAUAGCAUGAAUCCCGUGAUAGAAGUUUAGCGCAUCAUACAUAAUACAGGAAAUUGCCUAACAAUUGCUGUCGUUGAUUCUUGCUGGAGAUUUUAUGCUAGAAAUGGAGUUAUAAUUUAUUUAUCCACUGCUAAGAGCAGCAAAGCAUUAUAGCCAAGUAUUUUGUUGACAGUUAAACCGAUCAUUGCAGCUGAUAACCUUGGGAAAAUAGAUAAAUAAUACAGAACAAUAUUCUGUACAGUUUUCGGCUUGAACAAAACUAGCAAUGAAGGAGAGAAUAGAAGUCUUUGGUUGCUGCAAGAGAUUGUGACAGGCACUGCUUAUAAAUAAGACAGUGAAUAACCCAGCUAUUCUAUUAUUGCCUAACAUGCACUUACUGCCGUGCGUGACCUCAGCCGAUAAGCAUAACAAAUGAAACUAGAACCACUACGUGGAACUUACCGGGGCCCAGUGGGACACGGGAUUGCAUAGAUAUAGUUUACUUCGCGCACCCCUCCCCCCUCCUCUGUGGAGGCUAAUACUUAGUCUGAAUUAACUCAUGCAGAAGAAAAGCAACAAAAUGCAUGAGAAAGGAGGAUGUUGUUGGAAGUUUGUUCAGUGUUUUUACAGCUAACGGUCUGUGUUACAGUAGUGUUUUUACACUGUGAUGUCAAUAAGUGUGAUCUGUAUAAGGUUUUUAAGACAUUUUUGAAAUAGAUCUUUGUGGUCAUGGAUUGUUGUCUUGCACUGUAAAAAAUGUCAUCCAGUGUUAUAUAUAGACAUAAUAAAAUGCUUAUUUAUUGAUGACUGAGUAUCAUUUGUUAAUUCAUUGCACAUUGAAAUGGAGGCACUUGAUUGUAAGGCAGUGGUUGAUACAUAGUAGCAUUCAUCAAUAUGACCUGUAAUAAUUGUAGAGGAAGUAUUUCUUUCCUGAACUGGGUAAACAGUAGUAUAUGUGCAACUGCUUGAAUGAUAAGUGCAUCAGCCCAUGUACCUUAAAUACACAUAUUAUUCAGGUAUCUUACUCCGCCAUGAAUUUUCGGUAUUGCUCUCGAUAAAUCUCUCUGGAUUGUCUCUCAUAAAUUGAACCCCAGCAGUACGUAUAUGCAUAUAAUGGGUGCUAUUGCCGUAUAAUUGAUGUGAUACAGAUCUAAAGAAACAAUCACCUGCACCACCAACAUCUAUUGAUUGUAAACAAAGUGCACCUAAUCUUGACUGAAUCAAAUUCUCAGAGGAAAUAGGAGAGUUCAACUGCAUUGUUGAGCUGUGAUUUUGCAUAGAAGGUCUAAUUAUUACUUCAUGAUGAUCAGUGUUGUAGUGAGUAGGUCCUGGAUUCUUCCCAACAUCUUUACUUAGUUUGAAAUUCACAUAAUUGGUCAUAUGACUCACACAAUUGCAAGAAAACAAUGAUAAAUAUCGACGUGCUUUACACUUUAGUUUCAUUAUCCUGUAAUAAUGCCUGCUAAAGAAAGACAACAAAUAAGCUUUCUUGGGUAUAGCCACUUUAUUUAAGUUAAUUAUCUUUGGAUCGCGUUUGUUAUUACAUUUAUAUCGUGCAUGAUAAAGUUUUCUCACCUUAUUAACAUAGCGAUGGAGCUUUGAAGACUUCGGUAUGUCAAUCAUUGAAAUCUUUUUAAAGACAAAUUUUGAUAAGUGUUCGCUUUGAUUCUCAAUAAAUUUCACGAUGGAAGGUUCACUCAAUUUCUCGAUAAGUUCCAUGAUGGAAGGUUCACUCUUAAGUGAUCGCUCGUAAAUUUGUCUCUCCAAAAUAUUCACUCUUAAAUUUUCGCUCAUAAACUAGUGCAUCGUAAAGGUUGGGAAACGUGUCGUUCCCUAAAAAGCUAUAAUCUUUCUCUUGACUGUCGUCCAUGCCUCGUUCUUUUCAAAAAGGCGGGUAAGAUUUCAAUGAGCCAGCGAUAUAUCUCAGUCAGCGAUAUAUCCCUAACAAUGUAACGUUGAAAAAACGGACCGUCUGCAUUUUAAGACCGGUGCCAGCCUUCGGCUGGGCCCCGGUAAUUACUGCCUGUUCCUUCUUCGCAUCCAACAAUUAGAAGGUCCUGGAAAAUUGAAUGACAAAGGAAACAAGAAGAAAGAAUAAAAAGAAUAAAAAGAACGUAAAUUUUUAACGCUGUCAGCUAGUUAACAAGGGAAUUUAAAUGCCCCACAAUAAAGGGGACACGGGAACGUGAACGUGACUAGCCGCACGAAAACUACAGUUCAAUAAAUUUCGAACCAUGCUAUGGAAAACAGCCUGUCUUCGAUAAAUGAGUUUGUCAAAUGGUCUAUACGUGUAAAAUAGCAGGAUUUUUACAUAAAAAAGGCAGCUUUCUUACAAAAAUACCUUUUGUAACAAAACAGAUUUUUACAUAAAAAAAGCAGCUUUUUACAAAAAUAUAUUUUGUAAAAAGCUGCUUUUUACAAAAAAAAAGCUUUUUUUUAAAAAAAUAUUUUUUGACCAAGUAAAAAAAAAGCAGCUUUUUUUACGUAAAAAGCUGCUUUUUUACAAAAAUAUAUUUUGUAAAAAAGCAGUAUUUUUACAAGCGGCUAAUUUGUAAAAAAGCAGCUUUUUUACAUAAAAAAGCUGCUUUUUUACUAAAAUAUAUUUUUGUAAAAAAGCAGUAUUUUUACAACCAGGUAACUUGUAAAAAAGCAGCUUUUUUACGUAAAAAAGCUGCUUUUUUACAAAAAUAUAUUUUUGUAAAAAAGCAGUAUUUUUACAACCGCUCAAUUUGUAAAAAAAUAAAAAUGACGCUUUUUUACAAGGACCGUUUUUUUAUGCAACAUAUAUAUAUAUAUAUAUAUAUAGAUAGAUAGAUAGAUAGAUAGAUAGAUAGAUAGAUAGAUAGAUAGAUAGAUAGAUAGAUAGAUAGAUAGAUAGAUAGAUAGAUAGAUAGAUAGAUAGAUAGAUACGUAGACUUGAACUAGGUCAAAAACAUUUACUUGCCACUCAGAGUUUCAUGCUUCAUGAGAAGCAAUCAUCAGGCAACUGCCAAAAAGAAACAAUACAUGGUGUUUUAUAAUGACUUUGAAAAAAACGGUAGCGAUUCGUAAUAGGCUGGGUUGUAUAGCAACGGAUAAACAAUUUUCAGUAAACCGCUGAAAAAGAAAAAAUAAAAUACGUCUUACAGGCUUAGAUAAUCACGUUAUUUAGAAGAAAUUUCUUUGCAUGUCUGCAACUUGAUACGAGUUCAUUUCUGUUGUUCAGGGUCGCCAUAUUCGGUCUACAAAUUAUAUAGUACUUCUCCCACAGACAUAAAUUACACUUCUUCGUUACAUUUGAAUAGGAUCUUGCAUGUCUAAUACUCCGCCAUCUAAUUUGGUAGUCAGUUUUCUUGUCUUUCAAGCCCCAUACAUACUUGCUUAGCUCAGUGGAAUUUCUAUAACGUUCAUUUCUAAAGGAGCAAGUGUGGUUUCUGUAACGCGAUUUGAAUGAUUUGUCACAAACACCGAGGUAAGUUUGCUUCGAAUUCCGCUCGUUGCAAUUUCCGUCCAUAGGGCAGGACCUUUUGUCGCGGCAGUUGCAAGUGUUGAUAGUUUGAACUGGUAAGUUUGUUGACCUGCUAAUGACGGCUUUAUUGUGGUUCGAGAUAAUGGCUUUUACGUUGUUCAUGCAGCUAUAGCUAAGUUUGAGAGUGUUCCGGUUGAGAAUUUUGUGCAGAGGAUUUGAAUUGGGAAAGUGUUUGUCGAUUAAGGUGAGGAAGCACUUUCCAACUUUGGUUUUGACAUUUUGGCUGUACGGAGGAUUGAACCAGAUGAUGUUUCUGGGCCUAUUCUUGCGUUGUUUGGUGUCUGGGGAAGGUUUUCUGUAGGUGAGAUUGUAAUUGUAGCCGCUCUUGUUGAGGGCAUCUUGGUAGUCGGAAGAAAUUUCUGAGAGGCGCUUGUUUAUGGAUUCCGGGAUAUUUUUUAGGAUGGAUGGCGGAUGAUUGGAUUUCUUGUGAACAUAGAGUGGGAUGUUUCCUUCUUUUGUGUAGGGGUAAUGCUUGCCAGGUUGGAGGUCAAGGGUGACAUCUAAAAAAUUGACUUUAGUCAUGUUGGCUUCGACUGUGAUUUUUAAGUCGUUUUCUCGGAAAAUUUGGCAGAAACCCUUCUUGAUUUUUUCGAUCUGUUGGGGCUUUGUGUUGAACGCUGCUAAACCAUCGUCUCUGUAUAGGUCGAUGCUGUUGCCAUACUUUUUGGUUAGGCAGGACAAUAGAUAGCAACCCACUAGCGCACAUGUUUCAGCGCCAUCGAAAGAUCCCAUUGUUACGUCAAAUCUGCUGGUAGAAGAUUUUUUCUCCCAGGGGCAAUCAUUGGAAAAUAGCAGGGAUUGCUUGGAGAGAAAAAUGAUUUCCCUUUCAUCUGCGCUGAUGGGUCUGUAGGUAGUGGCGAAGUCAAGUGCUUUGGAGAGAAGUUUUUCGGUGAUUGAGGGGUAGAAGCCACAUACAUCAAAACAUAUGAAUGAGAGGUUUUAUAUAUAUAUAUAAUAUAAAAUGAAAUGACGAAAUUCAAAUUGAUCGUCAACUAAAAAGUGCUCAAUGGGUUUACCAGAGCUUUGAAUAGAUACGUAGACUUGAACUGGGUCAAAAACAUUUACUUGCUACUCAGAGUUUCAUGCUUCAUGAGACGCAAUCAUCAACCCAGCCUAUUAUGAAUCGCUACUGCUUUCUUUCAAAAUCACUCUAAUAAAACACCAACAUGUAUUGUUUCUUUUUGGCAGUUGCCUGAUGAUUGCUUCUCAUAAAGAAUGAAACUCUGAGUAGCAAGUAAAUGUUUUUGACCUAGUUCAAGUCUACGUAUCUAUCUAUCUAUCUAUAUAUAUAUAUAUUUAUAUAUAUAUAUUUUACUUGGGAUGGUUUUGGGGAAGUAAGGUUAAAUGUAAUGAAAAUUGUAAACGAUAAGUUUUGUUCAGUAAGGAUUUUGUUUACAAAUGUAACGCUUCCCUACAUGUCACACAUUAUCGGUGUUGGUUCAUUGUAAAAUAAAGCUUACUGUAAAACCCAUUGUUGCUCAAGGUGUAAAGGCUGAUCGGCUGUCCUCAUUCCGUUGGAAAGAUAUUCUUGACAUGCAUUGUACAGAUCGUGUAACUCUUGCUGCCUAUCGUUACAUCGAAGAAGAUAAUCUUGACUGUAAACAUCAAGCGUUGCAUCUCCUGAUCUCUUUUUGAAGCAUCAGCUAAGCAUCGCCAGUCGGUGUUUCCUCUUUUCAUCGGUUUCGUUUGCAGUGUAAUUGUAGUAUUUUGUCGCUGCCUCUGUACAUGUUUGUAGUCGCUGUGUUGACGACGUUGCCUUCGCUGUGCUAAGCGAUGUUCUCUCUGCUCCGCGGUUUCUUGUUGUCAUCUCAAGUUCUUCUCCGCUGGCGAUGAAUUUAAAGUCGGCGUUCUCGUAUGGCGCGUUUUUACGGACAAAAUAUCGAAAUAUCAUUACAUCAAUGUCAUGUGUACACUCAUCCCUGUUAUACUGAAAACAUUCAUGUUAUGUGCAAUGAAAGACGUUCGAUGCAACGUUAUACAAGCAAAAGAUAUUCGAUAACACAAAAAGAUAUUCCGUAAAACUAAAAGAUGUACGAUAAAACUAAAAGACGAGGAAGCCAACGUGAUACAAGUAUAAAAAGAUGUUCGAUAACACAAAAGAUAUUCGUUAAAUUUAAAAGAUGUACGAUGAAACUAACCGAGAUGAAGAAGCGGAAAUGAUUGCAACUAAAAGAUGAAAAAGCGGAUGAGAGAUGAAAUGGCUUUGGCGAUAAAGCCUGGGGACUAAAUGAUUACUGACAAGAUGGCGGGUCGAUAAGAGAAAAACAUGCAAGGUGCACGGAUUUGGCUUCCUAAUUUCGAGGAAUAUUUUGUUUCUUUGGGUAACUUAUUUAAGUGCCCAAAGAUAAGGACAAACCGCGUCGUAUGACUCUGCGGAGUUACCGUAUCCUCGAAUAAUAGCCGGGGCGAUUCUUUUUUCGCAUCAGAAGGGGGCGAUUAUUCGAGGGAGGCGAUUAUUUCAAAUAUUGCUCACUGGAAGUCGUGCCCUAAAUAUUUUGUUUUAUUAUCCUAUUAAAUCAAAAAAUUGUCACUUUAACUUUAACUUAACUUUAUUACAUAUCACACGCUCACAUCAAAUAAGAGUUAGAACACAGUGCGAGCCAGCGAGGCAUGCUAAAGAAAAAUAGAAAAAAAAAUCGAAAAAGAAGUAAUACGAAAGAAGUAACCGAAAGCUAACCCCCCAAAAGCGCUUAACCCUAAUCCGUAAUAAAAGUGUUUCAACCCUAAAGAGCACUUAACCCUAAGCCGUAAAGCGAGUGCUUAACCCUUAGUCAGUAAAAUUAGCGCUUAACCCUAAUCAAUGAAAGUCGAUCAAUGCUACAGCGUAAUUCUGCAAAAAAUAUUCCAUCAGCAAAACCUCGCAUACCCACAGGGAACUAAGCAGGAAACAUUUUUCAUGCAUUUACAAUUUCAUAGAACUGUAUUAGUUUUUUCCCACGGCUCGCAGAUUGUCCGGACCCUCAAAUAAACCGAACAUGGGCUUUUUAAGGGUUCCAAAUUUUGGUUCCUUGAGUAACUUUCAGAGCUUGACUCGUCACUGAUCAGUUUUGCUGGACUUCAACUUGACAGGGAGGGGAUAAAAGAAAGAGAAUUGACGAGAGGGGUGGGGGGAGGAGGCGAUUAUUCGAGGGAGGCGAUUAUUUUAAAUAUUUCCAUCAAAGGUGGUGAUUAUUCGAGGGACGGCUAUUAUUCGAGGAAAUACGGUAUUUGUUCGCCGCCUUCAAGAAAACGAAAGAACCCUCGCUAUUUUAACUCUCAGGAUAGAGGAAUCCUUCCCUAAUAAAGUUGGAUUGGUCAAUGACCUUUUCGGACUUCAUUCUAUUAUAAACAAGCUUACAAGGGACUUUGUAAGAACUGUGGAAGAAUGUGAACGUAAUGCCCCACCAUCGCCUCCAUGCAACGAACGUCUUGUACAUGUUGGUGUAACAAGGAGUGGGUUAUAGUUGGCAGCUAGGCUACAGGUCGUACGGAACACCUUCAACCUUAGCUUCACGUUCGAUUUGCCUUUGUCUUUGGGCACUUGUGAAUAAGUUACCCAAAGAAACAAAAUAUUCCUCGAAAUUAGGAAGCUAAGUCCGUACACCUUGCAUGUUUUUCUUCUACCGACCCGCCAUUUUGUCAAUAAUCAUUUAGUCCCCAGGCUUUCUCGCCAAAGCCAUUUGAUCUCUCAUUUCCGCUUCCUCAUCUCGGUUAGUUUUAUCGCACAUCUUUUAGUUUUAACGAAUCAGUCUUUUUGUGUUAUCGAACAUCUUUUACUUUUAUCACAUUGGCUUCCUCGUCUUUUAGUUUUAUCGCACUUCUUUUAGUUUUAUCGAACAUCUUUUAUUGCACGUAACAUGGAUGUAUUCAGUAUAACAGGGAUGUGUGUUCACAUGACAUGAUUGAUGUAAUGACAUGUCGAUAUUUUGUCCGUAAAAACGCUCCAUAUUCUCACUCCAGUGGAGGUUCGGUGGAAAAUCCUCCUAGGCGAGAAUUUGCAGCCACUUGUUGUGCUUGCUGUUCUGUGUCAUUUGCAUGGGAAAUUGCACAUCAGCCCUUCAUGGUCUGCUUCAUGAAUACAACAUGAAAGUGCACCCUGAUCAUCGGCGGCAAAGUCUAUGUUGCCUGGAAACCAAAACUGCGCCAUGACGUCAUGCUACACAUGACGUCAGGGCAGACACCAAGCAUAUAUUCAUAGUAAGAAACAUAGAUAGAAAGAUGGGGCGACCAAUUUUGCAGCUGGCUAAGUCCACGCGCGACGAGAUUAUAAACUCGCUUCGCGUGAAUGAUCCAAUGCAAUUUGAGGUUGCAAGACAGUAAAAAAAGCCUUCAUUCCGUGGGAUGCCUGUGGCACUCCCAUGGUAAAAAUCCGGUUCGGUUGUACCCAAAAUUGCAAAGCCAGCCAAUAGGAUUGCGUAAAAUCUUUAUCGAUUAUCUCUUCUUCCAAGCCGACCAAUCAGAUUGUACAAAAUCUGUAUCGAUUUUUAAUCGAUUUGAUUCCUCUGAAGAAUGUUGAAAUCAGAACGUUGCUUGCCAAAUUUGUCGCCCUUGAGUUUUCCCACCCGUGGUUUAGGAUGGCUUGUUAACCAGCGAGAUCCUUCGGAAUACUGGCAAGUCACGAAAGGCGACCUAAGCCAAAUUAUCUCUUCCCCUCAUGAUUCUUUUUUGUUUAGGUCUAGCUUUUUCAUAAGGUUUUAGUAACGUCUGGUUGCGGGCCGUGAUUUCCGAUAGAUUUUUCUAUUCGGAGUUCGCCAGUUUUUGCUGAGCACAGCUAGAGUUCAGUUUUUUUCUUUUCUUAUCGAAAAAACCUUGACGGUGGGAGGUUAAAUCGCGUAAAUUUCAACUCGUACCCUUGACGAUUGGCGGUGAAAUCGCAAAAAUAUUGUCCUCGUCGAUCGACGACUCGCUUUCGGCAUGGAUUGGACUUCUGGAUGGGACACGGAUCAGGACCUUAGUAAACUUAUUAUACCUUGGAAUCAGGGAUAAUCAUUAGAACUAUGUUAACUUUGAGACCUUGGAAACACAUUGCAAUUAAUUUUUAACCGUAUCAAGAGCGUCUUGGAAUAUUAAACUUUCAUCUUGGAUUAAAACAUUGGAACUUUAUCGCACUUUAAUUGUAAUCCUGGGUUCGACCAUGGAUAAAGCAAGCGGAUGUUUUGUUUUUUUCCAUUAACCUAAAACAAGAAUGUUUAUUUCUCUUUGAAAAAGUUACCUGUGGCAACUUACUAACCAGAUAUGACGUAUCUCUAUACAUAUAGUUCCUGUUAAGGUUAAUCAGAGAACAUUAUGCGCAUGUUCUCCAUUACUUGUUUCCGUUAACAUUCCAAUUUAAGUAACACAGUUAAACCUUGUUUUGAUGCAAAAUAACCUCUUUUUCUUAUCCAAAUCGUGCUACGAAAAUAACUACAUAGCGAUAGAUCAAAACAAGAUCAACUCCAUCCUUGCAACCACUGACAACUAUAAAUUUAGCUUGCGUAGCAGAUGCCGAAAGGGGUAGCCGGAUAGGGAGGAAGCAAAAAGGGGAUGUGGAUUGGGGAGAAAUAGUACCCUGCCACGCGAGCUACUUUAAAUUCAGUCAUUAGAACAUUAAGCCAACCCAUAUAGGUAACCUACUCAUCGAUGCUCAUAACAUGACACAUCUUUCCGGUUUCCCUAAUUUUUCCAAAUUCAGAUAGAACGCCAUUAUGCUUCCAAACACCAACGCAUCCCACGGAAACGACUUUAGGCGUCUUGUUUCAUUGUAUUUGCCGUCAUCAUUUAACAGGCUGCCUUGGCUACUUUGUUUGUGGUUUUUUUUUUCUUUAUUCAAAGUGUAUUAUUUUCCAAUAUUGCUUGUAAAGGCGUUAUUUAUAUUGUUUCCAAGUACUGAAGACAACUAUACUUUCGAUUUCGGUCCAUCCGAACUAGGCGCCCGUUUGAUCGACGAAGAGAAUUGAUGUAUAAUCAAUAUGCCGAUUUACGUUUUGUAAUCUCCUUAGGGUGGUCACGCAACACUCCUCCCUAGGGAGCGUUGGGAGGUGUGCAUGGCAUAAUUUUUGUAAAAAGCACUCGUCACGCCAAAAAAAAGGAAACAUUGCUAAUGCGUUGAACAGCGUUGGAAAAUCAUUCUUCAUCGUUUGACAAAGUUCAUGGGAAGCGUUUCAAAUGCAUUACAAAUCAUUGAGAAACGUUGCAAUGCAUUUUAAAGCAUUCAAAUGUGUUGGACGAUGCAUAAUAUAAUUUAAUGUAUGGGGCUGUGCGAAUAUCCUCAUAAGGAUAUGGCAUAUGUAGCACCAUUCUGCCAUUUUCAUUUCACUCUUCAGCAGUAGUCACAUGCCCUUCUUAAGCGCCUAAUUUUAAAAACUUGUUAGACUAACAGUUUUUAAAGUUAAUUUUUGUUGUUUGUAAUUUUUGAUAUAAUACAAAUUUUUGGGAGACAUUUGUUUGACACAAAACUGUGAUUUGCUAUUCAGAUGUAAAUUAUCAAAUUCCAUGGCGAUUAAGGACAAGGUAAAGCCUUUUCAAAGCCCCCCCCCCCCUCACUCUAUCAAAGCCCCCCUGCCCUAAUUAUUCUUCACUAAUAAAUGAUAGGCUGUAUUAAUCAAUCACGUCCGUAAAACUUCAUGUGGACUGGUCCUGGGUGGUUUAUUUACCAGCUGGAAGUUUGGAUUUGAUUCUGAUCUUUGGCUGUAUGAGCUUUUCCACUUUGUAUUCCAGUUCUUUAUGGACAGCUGAUACCAUCGUCUUUUCUAACUUAAGUAAGCCCACCCCUCUCUCAAAUAAGCUCCCUCCCCCUCCCCCAAGGGCUUAAUAGAGGAUUUACGAUGUAUUACCAAGAUGAACUAGAUAACCCGUGACUCAGCGCCUUUAAGAAAUUAUGUUUCUUAACAGCUUAAUGACAGUGGGUUCUUCUUGGAUAUAACUGGGGCAGCUACCUGAACACUAGUACGCACUUGCAUACCUAAAAAUAUCAAAGAUAAGUAGAAAGCAAAAACAAAAUAGAAAAACAAAGCAAAGGAGCAGAAGGUAUUAAAACAAUAAAUACCUAGAAAACGGUGCAACUGCCUAGGUAACUCUGAUUUAAUGUCCUUUAGAUCCUUUUUUUAAAAUGUAGACUAGCUGUGUGGAGGUGUUAUCUGUUAAGAGCAAGAUUUAAACUGAAAAUUUUAUGUUGCGUUGUUUUGUUUUCAAUACUAGCUUGUUUAUUAUUAUUUUUCUGGCCCCAGUUGCUCAAAAGAUGAAUAGUACUAUCCAUUUGAUAUCUCUCCAGGCGAAAAAGCACUUGAUUUCCUUAAUGCGUAUCCACUGGAUAGUGAUUUAUCCAGCGGAUAGCAUGAUCCUUUGUUUGAACAAUCGGGGCCUGAUGAAGUUGAGAGAUUUAAGUCAAGGUUCUUGGUCGUUUUUUUUUUUGUCUUAUCUCAUAGCCCACUGUUCAGCAGCCAGCAGGUUAUUGGGCAGUACCAGUGGGCGGCAUGCCAGGAGGGGUUGUACCAGCAGGGGCCAUGCCAGGAGGGGUUGUACCAGCAGGGGCCAUGCCAGGAGGGGCUGUUCCAGCUGGGGUCAUUCCCGGUACAGUCCCCGUGUCCAAUGCUGGGGUAACUGCUCCAAGCCAGGGAGGAGCUCAGGUAACACACUCGUUCUUUUAUCCCUUUAAGGCCCUAGAGCGAUCAACAUCAAUUUUCUCCUAACAAUAUUAAUACAUAAUCAAGAGAAAAAGCUAUGAGAAUUAAUGAAAUGAUCACCAUUGCAAAAUGCUUUGAUCUUUAUCAACUCAACUAAUUCUUUGAAGAAAUGUAUAGAAAUCAGUCUGAAGAAUUUAUGUUCACAUUGGGACUCGGAUGGAACAAUUUGUGUAUAGGUGUAUGCACUUAAUUUCUACCAUCUUGUUCUUAUUUAGUCAAGUUUUUUUACCUAAAAUGUUUUGUAAUUCAGGUCCCCAUCUUACUUAGCCUGUGUCAUGCAGGGAGAGGAUGUGUAUACACAGGUUACAUCUUACUCGGUGAAUCUUGUUUCUUUUACUGUUUGCAUUUAAAGGUACUGGUAUUACAUUCCUGGUUCUUGUUGCAGUACCAACGGAUAUGCAUUCUUGCCAAUAAUGAGUUAUCGGUACUCGGGUUGACAAGGAUGUCUUAUCAUUGUCAUGUUUGAAUGUAUUCUGAUCAUAACUCCAUUUUUAAUAGCAAGCAAUGAAGAGUGAAGUUGGACCUCCAGCAUAUUUCUACAAUACACAGACAGGAAAUGCCCCACCAUCAAUGGCAUCUGCAGGCGGAGUCACUGAGGAUGUACCUGGAGCUAUGACAGUUUAA